GUCUUGGUUUCAGUCUCGGGGAUUAUGACUUGAAACAGUUGGAAAAUAGAUAUUAUUUAAAGAAAUACAUAUAUAUAUAUAUACGGUAUUUAUACACACACAUAUAUAUAUAUAUAUAUAUAUUUGUUCAGCCAUAUAGUUCGCAUAGAGUUUUUACGAAAGAGUCGCAGCAUACAUAUAGAACGUCGCAAGGAUAACGCAUUGAACAAUAAAGAAGCGAAAGUAUCUGUAAAGAAAUAUAUUUCAAUAUAUACAUAAAUAUAUAAAGUGAAGAAGCAAAUCAAAAGAGAGAAAAGUGAUCGAGAGGUGUUUUAUUUUUAGUGCAGUUGACAACUGCAUCGAUUUGGUUGUCAUUUUCAAUGAUAUAUAGUGAUAUAUAACGACUUAAAAUGCAACGACAAAAUCCGAACCCAUACCAGCAGCAGCAGCAGCAGCAGCAGGAGCAGCACCAACAACAACAGGUGCAGCAGCAAUACUCCACCCAGGAGUAUUCGCACUCCAGCCAAGAGCAGCAUCAGCAGCAAAGGAUUAGCCGCACUGAACAACAUGUUCAGAGGAGUCAAAUCACUACUCAGCAACGAGUACAACAACAUCAAGGCGGUAUCGGAGGCACCUAUGUACCGCCCUCGUUGACACACGUUUAUGCCCAAGGUGACAUCUCACCGCCUGUAUUUGAGCAAAUCUUCAAGAACGCUCGCUUCGCUCAGGGUGGCAACGCCCUAUUUGAAGGUAGGCUGCGUGGCAACCCGAAGCCAUUCGUUACAUGGACCCGAAAAGGCGCACCACUUCUCGAGUCGCAAAAGUUUCGGAUGAGCUACAACGAAGCCACAGGUGAUGUGUCCCUACUGAUCAACCAGAUAGGGCCCGGAGACGAAGGCGAGUACACGUGUACGGCUCGUAAUCAGUACGGCGAAGCCAUCUGCAGUGUCUAUAUUCAACCGGAAGGCGCUCCAAUGCCUGCACUGCAGCCCAUCCAGAAUCUGGAGAAGAACAUCUACUCCAAUGGUUAUUCGUAUACAUCCAUUGAGGAAGAAUUCCGUGUGGAUACGUUUGAGUAUAGACUUUUGCGUGAGGUCUCCUUUAGGGAGGCUAUUACGCGUCGCUCUAGCUAUGAGCAAGACACUCAACUGUCCCAUGAGCUUGAUCGCUCCCUGGGCCCAGCGCAAGCACCACAAAUAUCGCAGAAGCCCAGAAGCUCAAAGCUCAUUGAGGGCUCUGAUGCUGUGUUCACAGCCCGCGUGGGCUCCAACCCGAAACCACGUCUUACCUGGUUCCACAACGGACAACGUCUGGUAGCCUCGCAAAAAUAUGAGAUCUCUUAUUCGAGUGGUGUUGCCACUCUGCGUGUGAAGAACGCCAAUGCCAAGGAUGGCGGCCAUUAUACCCUAUUGGCCGAGAAUUUGCAAGGCUGCGUCGUCUCCUCAGCUGUGCUGGCCGUCGAGCCGGCAGCUGAGACUGCCUACGAACCCAAGCCCGUGGAUCAGAUGGCUGAGCAGCUGGAAGCUGGCAAGGCUUUGCCGCCCACAUUUGUCAAGGCCUUUAACGAUCGCGAAGUCACCGAGGGACGCAUGACGCGUUUUGAUUGCCGUGUUACUGGCAAUCCCUAUCCCGAGGUCUUUUGGUUUAUCAAUGGCCGUCAAGUGCGCGACGAUGCCUCGCACAAGAUCCUGGUCAACGAGUCCGGCAGCCAUUCGCUGAUGAUCACAAACGUGAGCCGAUUAGAUGGCGGCGCUGUGCAAUGCUUGGCCCGCAACAAGGCCGGUGAGGUUGCCAUCGAGGCGCAGCUGCAUGUACUGGAGAAAGAGCAAGUUGUCGCACCACAAUUUGUUCAACGCUUCAGCACGAUGACUGUGCGCGAGGGUGAGCCCAUUAGCAUGAGCGCCAAUGCCAUUGGCACACCAGUGCCGCGCAUCACCUGGCAAAAGGAUGGUGUACAAAUUUCAUCAACUGCUGAACGCUUUGUGGGCAUUGAUGGCGGCGCCACCUGCCUGGAGAUACCCCAAGUCAAAGCAAGCGAUGCUGGCUGGUAUCAGUGUACCGCACAAAAUAUUGCCGGUUCCACAGCGAACCGGGCAAGACUCUAUGUCGAAGUUCCCAGAGAGCAACCAAGUCAAGAACAAAGGCGUCUUAAUCUACCAAGACCAACGAAAGUUAUCGAGCCUGAGCCAAUCCCUGGUCCUGAAAUCAUUUAUUUGCGCCAUGUGGAACGCGCCAAGCCCCAUCUGCGACCUGGCGAGGAGGAUCGCGUUUAUCCUCCACCACAGUUCAUUAUACCCCUGCAAAAUGUGCAGCAAACCGAAGGUGGUCGAGUCCACAUGGAGGCGCGCAUUGAACCCGUCGGCGAUCCAAGCAUGGUCGUCGAAUGGUUCCUCAAUGGUCGUCCGCUGGCAGCCAGUGCCCGCGCCACAUCUGUCUUCAAGUUUGGCUUCAUUGCUCUGGAUCUGCUGAGCAUCAUGGGUCACGAUUCUGGAGAAUACAUGUGUCGAGUCAGCAAUGCCAGCGGUGUGGCAGAGUCGCGGGCCAUUUUGUCUGUGGUCCAGCGACCAUCCAUUGAGCAAUCGUCGCAGAAUCCGAACAGUUUGCAUUACAUCAACCAGCUGGAAGAUUACUCGCGCUAUCAACGCCAGGAGAGCUCAGAGGAGUUGAUGAAUCAAGCUCCACAAUUUAUACGUCCACUGCGCGAUCUGGGUGAAUUCGAGGAGGGCAAGAAUGUGCACUUUGAGGCGCAAGUGACCCCAGUUAAUGACCCCAGCAUGCGUGUGGAAUGGUACAAGGAUGGCUUACCAAUUACCGCUAGUUCGCGCAUCACGGCCAUAUUUAACUUCGGCUAUGUCUCCCUAAACAUAUUGCACCUACGCGCCGAAGAUGCCGGUAACUACACCGUGCGUGCCGUAAAUCGCAUUGGUGAAGCCAUCAGCCAGUCCACCAUACGCGUGCACAUGCGCUCCCAGGUCACCGCUGAUCUGGGCAUACCCGAACAGCAGCGUUACAUAGAAAAGGUUGAGGAAUUGGAGGACUACCGCAAGUCCCAGCAGCGUCGCCACGUCCAGGAGGCCCCGGAGGCCAUUGCGCCGCCCCAAUUUAAAACACCAAUCCAGAAUCAGUUGGAUUUGCGUGAGCACGCGCAUGCGCAUUUCGAGGCACGUCUCGAACCCAUUGGCGAUUCAACCAUGCGCGUGGAGUGGCUUAAGGAUGGGCAACCUCUUGAGGCAAGCUCGCGCAUAACCACCUAUCAUAACUUUGGCUACGUCGCGUUGACCAUCAAGCAGAUAACCAUAUACGAUGCUGGCACCUACACUUGCCGCGCCUACAAUGCCAUGGGGCAGGAUACAACCACGGCCCAGUGUACGGUCAUAUCAAAGAACGAGAUUGUCUCGGAUACGCAACAUCCGGGUGGUCUGCAAAAGAUCCAGCAUUUGGAGGACUCAUCACGCUAUGGUCGUCGUGAGGAGGAGGAAACGUACAUAACACAGGCACCGCGCUUCCUGGGCCCACUCAAGGGCACCACCAAGAUCCUGGAGGGUCAACGCGCUCACUUUGAGGCGCGCGUGGAGCCACAAAGUGAUCUGGGCAUGCGCAUCGAAUGGUAUCACAAUGGCCGCGCUAUUACCGCAGCCAAUCGUAUACAAACAUACUAUGACUUCGGCUAUGUUGCCUUGGACAUUUCACAGGUGCGCGCCGAGGAUGCGGGCAUAUACACUGUGGUAGCUAGAAACAAGCUAGGUGAAGCUCAAUUGCAAGCAACGAUGGUAGUGGAAACUCGUUCCAACAUCGACACAUCUAGCAUGCACCGCGGCCUCUAUGAAAAAACGCAGAAUCUGGAGAACAAACCUUUCGUGGAGCCACAGUAUGACAUCGAGGAGAUCUCAAAGUCGAAGCCCGUCUUUGUGCAGCCUCUUACCGAUCCCAAGCCCAUACACGAUGGCAAAAAUAUUCAUCUGGAGUGCCGUCUUGAGCCCAUGGGAGAUCCUACAAUGCGCGUUGAAUGGUUCCAUAACGGACGCCCAGUCACCGUCGGCUCAAGGUUCCGCACCUACUACGAUUUUGGUUUCGUCGCCCUGGACAUUAUCCAGGCUACGGCAGCGGACUCUGGCGAGUAUACUGUGCGCGCCACCAAUCAUCUGGGCUCAGCCCACACCUCCGCCUGUGUGCGUGUAAUUGAUCGCACCGAUGUGGUGACUGAAACUCAAAAUGAGCAAUCGUUGGAGCAGAUUCAGUUGCUUGAAGACUCGCGUCGGCGUCACCAUCAGGAAGAAGAUAUAACCAUCAUGCAGGCGCCGCAGUUUACACGUGCACUUCAUAACAUCGAAACCGUCGAAGGCACCAAUGUGCAUCUGGAGUGCCGCCUGCAGCCCGUGGGCGAUCCUAGCAUGCGCAUCGAAUGGCUUGUUAAUGGCAAGCCAGUAAAGACGGGCCAUCGUUUCCGUCCCGCUUACGAAUUUGACUAUGUUGCGCUGGACUUGCUCGGCUGCUAUGCAAUUGAUUCGGGCGUCUACACGUGCCAAGCACGUAAUCAAUUGGGCGAGGCUGUCACCUCUUCCUCCGUUCGCAUCAUCGCCAAAAAAGAUUUGAUUCUGGAAACCCAGAAUGAGUCUGGCCUGCAGAAGAUCCAAUAUCUGGAGGAUUCCUCACGGUAUCGUCGUAAUGAGUUUGUUGAUGAGGUGGUCAAAAUUCGUCCACGCUUUCUUACCCAUCCAAAGAGCCUGACCAACACCCGCGAGGGUGCCCACGCGCACUUCGAGUGCAAAAUAGAGCCAGUCACUGAUCCCAAUCUGAAAGUGGAGUGGUUUAAGAAUGGCCGUCCUAUUACUGUAGGCCAUCGUUUCCGUCCCAUACAUGAUUUCGGCUACGUGGCUUUGGAUAUUGUUGGCCUGAUUGCAGAGGACUCUGGUGUUUACACUUGCCGCGCUGUUAAUCAGAUUGGCUCCGAUGAAACUCAGGUGGAGCUGCAAUGCCGCAGCGGCGAACAAAUUGUCACCGUUACCCAGAACGAGGCUGGUUUGGAGCAGAUUCAUUAUCUGGAGGAUCGUUCGCGAUAUAGCCGCCGCGAGGAAAUCGACGAGAGCACCAAGCAGGCGCCAGUCUUCACCACCUCGUUGAAAAACAUUGAGAUCAAGGAAAAUCAGCGUGCCCACUUUGAAUGCCGUUUGAUUCCGGUUUCCGAUCCCUCCAUGCGUGUAGAAUGGUACCACAACAACUUGCCCUUAAAAUCUGGCUCCCGUUUUACAGAGACCAACAACUUUGGCUUCGUUGCCUUAGACAUUAUGUCCACUCUGCCAGAGGAUGCGGGUACCUACACUUGCCGUGCCUACAAUGCAGUGGGUGAAGCCAUCACCUCUGCCGUUGCCGUGGUGCACACCAAGAAGUCCAUUUAUUUGGAGUCCCAGCACGAGACUGCAUUGCCACGACUGCAGCACUUGGAGGAUGGCUCCAAGCGUCAACGCAUUAGCGUUCAGGAUGAGUUUGUCUCGCAGGCUCCGGUCUUUACCAUGCCCGUGAGGGAUGUUCGUGUAGCUGAGAACCAAGCUGUGCAUUUUGAAGCCCGUCUCAUUCCCGUGGGUGAUCCAAAACUCAAGGUUGAAUGGCUGCGCAAUGGCCAGCCCAUUGAGGCUUCUAAUCGCACAACCACCAUGCACGACUUUGGAUAUGUGGCUCUGAACAUGAAGUACGUCAAUCCCGAGGAUUCUGGCACCUAUACCUGCCGUGCGGUUAACGAGCUGGGUCAGGCCGUGACAUCCGCCUCUCUGAUUGUGCAGUCUAAGACGGCCAUUCAGCUUGAGACACAGCACGAAGCAGCCAUGCACAAGAUUCAUCAGCUAGAGGAUCACAGCAAGUACCAGCGCCGUGAGGAGGAGGAAUAUACCGUUACCACUGCGCCCACGUUUGUCACCAAGCUUAUUGGACCCACCAAUCUGGUUGAGGGUCAAAGUGCCCAUUACGAGUGCCGCAUUGAACCCUAUCCGGAUCCAAAUCUGAAGGUUGAGUGGUUACAUAACGGUAAGCCCCUGAGCACCGGCCAUCGCUUCCGCACCACCUACGAUUUUGGUUUUGCCGCCCUCGACAUUCUCACUGUCUAUGCGGAAGACAGUGGGGAAUACACUUGCCGUGUGACCAAUAAUCUGGGCGAGGCUGUCAACUCGAUUGCCCUCAAUGUGACUUCCCGUUCGUCAAUUAUUCAUGAAACCCAGCACGAGGAGGCGCUGCAUAAGAUUCAGCAUCUGGAAGAUACAUCCCGCUUCCAGCGCAAAACCGAAGAGGAUCAAUUCCACGCAGAGCGUCCACAGUUCGGACGCCCACUGCGUAAUGCCAAGGUCAAUGAGGGCACACCCGUACAUCUUGAAGCCACACUGAUCCCCGUGAACGAUCCCACUAUGAAGGUCGAAUGGUAUUGCAAUGGCAAACCCAUUCAGUCGGGACACCGUUUCAAGACCACUUACGAUUUCGGUUUUGUUGCCUUGGACAUACUGUAUGCCCACGCCGAAGAUACGGGCACCUACAUGUGCAAGGCUAAAAAUGCUGUUGGGGAAGCUGUCACGACUUGUGCUGUAAACGUAACAGCAAAUAAGACACUGGAUCUGGAUACGCUCGAUGCUCAACGACUGGAGAAGAUUCGCCAGCUUGAAACCUAUGUGGCACCCGCAAAGGUCGAAGUGGAGGAGAAAGGACAGAAACCAAUUUUCCUUACCCCACUUAGCAAUCUAGAGCAUCUUAAGGAGGGCGAGCACGGCCAUUUGGAGUGUCGCGUUGAACCUAUCAAUGAUGCCAAUCUGAAGAUCGAGUGGUUCUGCAAUGGAAAGCAAUUGCCUACUGGACAUCGUUAUCGCACCACCCACGACUUUGGCUACGUAGCUCUGGACAUUUUAUACGUUUAUGGCGAGGACACAGGCACUUAUAUGUGCAAGGCCACCAAUCUCCUGGGCGAAGCGGUCAAUACCUGCAAUGUGCGUGUGCUGAACCGACGCAGCAUGAUUUUGGACACUCAGCAUCCUGAUGCACUGGAGAAAAUACAGAAGUUGGAGUCCAAGGUUGUCACCACACGCACCGAAGUCGGCGAUCACCCCAUUGGUCCACCCCAUUUCACCGCUGAAUUGCGUGGCUCCACAGAGAUAUACGAGGGGCAAACGGCUCACUUUGAAGCCCAGGUGGCGCCCGUGCACGAUCCCAACUUGCGAAUUGAAUUCUAUCAUAAUGGCAAGCCCCUGCCAUCGGCUGCCCGAUUCCACAUCACCUUUGACUUUGGCUAUGUAUCAUUAGACAUUACUCAUGCCGUGGCCGAAGAUGCGGGCGAAUAUUCUGUGCGUGCUGUUAAUGCCUUGGGUCAGGCCGUAUCUACGACCAAUCUGCGAGUGAUCGCCCGCGGCACUAUUAUUUCAGACACUCAACAUCCUGAAGGCCUAGAGAAGAUACGUAAAUUGGAGUCGACGGCACCGCAUCAGCGCCAGGAAGUUGAAACUCCUGGCACACGCCAGCGUCCAGUGUUCACACAACCGCUUCAAAAUAUUGACCGCAUCAAUGAGCACCAGACCGCCCACUUUGAAGCUCGUCUGAUUCCAGUGGGUGAUCCCAACCUGAAGGUCGAAUGGUACCGUAACGAGAAACUGAUCGAAGAUAGUUCCCGAAUUACUAAGCAGCAUGACUUUGGCUUUGUUUCGCUGGAUAUCUCGCACAUCCGCAAGGAGGACGAGGGCGUUUACAUGUGUCGCGCCAUCAAUCCGCUGGGUGAGGCCGUCACCACCGCGUCUAUGCGCGUGGUUACUGAGGCUAGCAUCCAAAUGGAUACUCAACAUCCGGACAGCAUCCGUCGUAUUCAUCAGCUGGAGAAGCCGCUGGCUCCACUUCCCACCGAGCCGGAGCGUCUCUUCGAGAAGCCCAUCUUCACACAGCUUCUUACAGGUCCGUCUGAGCUGUGGGAGGGUGCACAUGCGCACUUUGAAGCUCGUGUUGUACCUGUGGGUGAUCCUUCACUCAAGUUCGAGUGGUUCAUUAAUGGCGUGGAACUGCAAAUGGGAUCCCGUCUGCGCACCACCCACGACUUUGGCUUUGUCACUCUGGACAUUGCCGCUGUGGUGCCUGAGGAUGCUGGUGUGUACAUGUGCCGCGCCUACAAUGCCGCUGGCGAGGCUGUGUCUUCCACUGCCAUGAAGGUGAAGACGAGAGCCAACAUUGAUGGACAGCCCUUGAUUCCCGAGUCCUGGGAGGCCAUUCGCCUGAAGGAGGCAGCAAUGAACCGUGUGCCUGAAAUGUUUGUGGACUCUACACCACAGCAGGCUCCAGUUUUCACCACCCACUUGCAGAGCUAUGACAAAUUGCACGAGGGUCAGCAUGUUCUUCUGGAGGCUCAGGUAGAGCCACGCGCCGAUCCCAAUCUGCGCAUUGAGUGGUUCAAGAACGGCAUCUCAUUGACCACCGGCUCUCGUAUACGCAGCACCUUUGACUUUGGCUUGGUUACCUUGUCCAUUAAUGGCUUGCGUGAGGAUGACUCCGCUAUUUACACUUGCAAAGCCACCAACCAGGUGGGCGAGGCGGUGUCGACUUCGUCACUCAAGAUUGAAGAUCGCCACUGGCUACACGCUGAGUCCUUGCAUCCGGACUCACUGCCACGAAUUGGUGAGCUGGAGGCACCUAAGGAGGGUCGUCCAGAGGCCCCAGAGCCGACUUAUGAGACGCCCGUGUUUAUCACACAUCUGAACAACAUUGAGUGCAAGGAGAGCGACAAUGUACGCUUCGAGUGCAAUGUAGAGCCAGCCCGUGAUCCAACUAUGAAGAUUGAAUGGUUCUACAAUGGACAACCCCUGCAGGCCGCUGCCAAGUUCAAGUCCAUCUAUGACUUUGGCUAUUGUGCCCUGGAUCUGACCAAUGCGUAUGCCGAGAACAGCGGCAUCUAUACCUGCAAGGCCACCAAUAGCAAGGGCUCGGCCACCACUUCUGGAACAUUGAAAUGCACUGGUGGCAAGACCAUGUUCUUGGACACCCAACAUCCACAGGGUGAGAGCGGUCUAGAAGCUGUGCAGGAAACGGAAGAGGCAUUGGCCAAUCGAUAUGCCCAGAAGACAACCAAGCCGGAGACUCAAUACCCACCACCCGUCUGGACUAAGCCACUGCAGCAGGAGUUCCACCUUUCCGAGGCGCAACCCAUCCAUCUGGAAGCCAAUGUGGAGCCCAAAGAGGAUCCCAACUUAGUUAUCGAAUGGUAUUUCAAUGGCAAGCUGCUGCAGCAUGGUUCACGCUUUAAGAUGACCACUGAAUUCGGUUUCGUUACCAUGGAUAUGAUAGAAGUGUACUCCAGAGAUCAGGGCAUUUACACUUGCAAGGCCUACAACAAGGCUGGCGAGGCAUUCACCUCUACAACAAUAUUCUGCUCUAGCAAGGACAAUAUCAUUGAAUCCACUCAGCAUCCAAAGGGCGCCGAGGGUCUGGAGCAAAUUCAAGAUCUAGAGGACUCAUUGCGCAAGGAUGGCAGCAAGCCGGAGCAGCCAGAACAGGGCAUUGCACCACGUUUCACCACCGAAUUCGUUAACAUUGUGGAUAUUGGCGAAGGCGAGCUGGCCCAUUACGAGGCCAAUCUUAUACCUCUGGGAGAUCAGAGCAUGGUCAUUGAAUGGUUCUUCAACGGAAAGGUUCUUGAGGCCAGCCAUCGCGUUCGCACCAUCUAUGCCUUUGGUACCGUUGCACUGGAAGUGCUGGGCACCAAGAUCGAGGAUACUGGCACCUACACCUGCCGUGCCACUAACAAAUAUGGUUCGGCUGAGAUUAGCUGCACUUUGGAGUGUGUGGAGAAGCCACGUGGUCAGAAGCCGCACUUCACCUCGCAUAUUCAGCCGCUGCAGGGCCUGAAGGAUAGUCAAUCUGCGCACUUUGAGUGCACCUUGAUUCCGGUUAAUGAUCCGGAGCUCAAGGUCGAGUGGUAUCAUAAUGGCAAACUGCUCCGUCACUCCAAUCGCAUUAAGACGGUAUCCGACUUUGGCUAUGUGGUCCUGGACAUUGCCUAUCUGCAGGAUCACGACAGUGGUGAAUAUGUUUGCCGAGCCUACAACAAAUAUGGCGAGGACUUCACUCGCACCACUCUCAACUGUGGUGGUCGUGGCGGCGUUUUCUACGACAGCUUGCAGCCCGAUUCACUGCAAAGGAUUCGUGAGCUGGAAUGCCCACAGGGACAGCAGACUGAUACCAGCGCACCGCUGGUUGCCGAACCACCCAAGUUUAUUACGCAGAUCAGCGAUGUCACCAAGCUGGUGGAGGGCCAGAGCGCUCACUUCGAGGCCCGCCUGACGCCGAUUACCGAUCCUGACUUGGUGGUUGAAUGGUAUUUCAAUGGCAAGAAGCUUCCACAUGGCCAUCGUUUCCGCACCUUCCACGACUUUGGCAUUGUCAUCCUGGACAUACUCUAUUGCUACGAGGAGAACUCUGGCGUUUACGAGUGCCGUGCCUACAACAAGUACGGCGAGGAUGUUACUCGUGCUAGUCUGAAGUGCGCAUCCAAGGCCAGUCUUAUUUUGGACUCACAGCUGCCACGAGGCAUGGAAGGUGGUCUGGAGAAGAUUGCCAAUCUAGAGUACAGCAUGGUACGCUCGCGUGAGGAGACUACUGAAGAAACCAGAGGUAAGGCACCUGUAUUCACCGUGCCACUGGAGAAUAUUGAAAACCUGCGCGAGGGCGAGAAUGCUCACUACGAGGCACGCAUAACGCCCGCCGAUGAUCCCAAGCUGAAGGUAGAAUGGUACUGGAAUGGCCGCCCAUUGAAGGCAGGCUCACGCUUCCGCACCUUCUGCGACUUUGGUUUUGUCAUCUUGGAAAUUUCGCCCGUUUAUCCCGAAGAUUCGGGUGAAUACUCGUGCCGUGCCAUCAAUGAGUACGGUGAGGCUGUGACCACCGCAACGAUGAAAAUUCAGGGCAAGCGCAGUAUCAUCAUGGAAUCGCAACUGCCCAAGGGCAUGGAGGGCACCAUCGAUCGUAUCGCCGAGCUGGAGGGUCUGGGCUCGCGCAGCACAGAGUUUGUACCGGAAGACGAUACAGGCAAGCCGCCUGAAUUUAUUACGACACCUUUCGACAUGGUCAUCGGAGAGAACUCCUUGGCCCACUUCGAGUGUCGUCUGCAACCCAUUAACGACCCGUCCAUGCGUGUGGACUGGUUCCACAACGGCAAGGCAUUAUGGUCCGGCUCUCGCAUUAAGACCAUUAACGACUUUGGCUUUGUCAUUCUUGAGAUUGCCGGCUGCUACCAGCGUGAUACAGGUCUGUAUACCUGCAAGGCGACCAACAAGCAUGGGGAAGCCACGGUGUCCUGCAAACUGCAGGUCAAGGGUCGCCAAGGCAUUGUUGUGGAGCCGCAGUUGCCCUCCAACUUCCGCACUGGCACUGAGAGCCUGCAAAAGCUGGAGGAGAGCAUGCACAAGCGGGAAGAGAUUGUCAUCGAUGAGGAGCAACCAAAUCCACCCAAGUUUAUUGAACAAAUCAAGGAUAACUUGGAUGUGCCCGAAGGUGGACCGAUACACUUCGAUUGCCGUGUAGAGCCCGUUGGUGAUCCAACAAUGCGCAUCGAAUGGUUCUACAAUGGACGUGUCAUGGCCACCGGCUCCAGAGUGCAUCAACUGAACGACUUUGGCUUCAUUGCUUUGGAUAUUGACUACAUCUAUGCCCGCGAUUCCGGCGAGUAUACCUGCCGUGCCACCAACAAAUGGGGCACUGCCACCACCACUGCAAAGGUCACCUGCAAGGGCAAGCACAACAUUGUUUAUGAAUCACAGCUGCCUGAGGGCAUGACCGCAGAGAAGUUAAAGGAACUGGAACGCGGACGCAUACCAGAGGUACCCCAGAUUGUUGAGGAGCAGUUUGGACCACCGAAGUUCAUCACUCAAAUAGCUUCAUGCACGGCCGAGGAAUCUGAAGCCGUGAGGUUCGAAUGUCAAGUAGAGCCCAAGACGGAUCCCAGCCUGCGCGUUGAAUGGUAUCGCAAUGGCAAACCUUUGCCCCUGGGUCAUCGCUAUAGAAACGUUUUUGACAUGGGCUUCGUCUCGCUGGACAUUUUGUAUGUGUACAGCGACGACUCUGGCGAGUACGUUUGCCGUGCUGUCAACAAUCAUGGCGAGGAUCGCACCAAGGCUACUGUCUCCUGCAAGAAAUUGCCUACGAUAUUGCUGCAAAAUCAAGUGCCACGUGGCAUGAAACGCUCCGAAACGCUCACCCAAAUGGAGGCCACAAUCAAGAAGUACACGACCGAGGUGCAUUUAACCGAGGAUGAUCUUUUCGAUCCCGAUCGCAAACAGCCACCUCGCUUUGUUACCCAGAUCAAGGAACAGCUCACAUUGACGGAGAUGGCCAAAACCAAAUUCGAGUGUCAGCUGGCGCCUGUAGGUGAUCCGAACAUGAAGGUCGAAUGGUUCUUUAAUGGCAAGCCCUUGCUCUACAAAAAUCGCUUCGAGCCCAUCUACGAUUUUGGCUAUGUGGCCAUGAACUUCGGCUGGGUAUAUCCCGAGGACAGCGGCGAAUACGUUUGCCGAGCCACAAACUUGUAUGGCAUGGACGAGACUCGUGCUCUGAUCAAGGUUUCCGGCAAGCCAGGUAUUGUCUACGACUCCCAAUUGCCGGCCCAUAUGCAGAGUAUUGAUCGCAUUCGCGAAAUGGAAGCUUCCUGGCAAGUUGUGCCCGAUGAAGUUGAUCCUGAUGCCAAGCCCAGAACGAAGCCCAUGUUUGUUAGCAAGCUGGAGCCCCAGACGGUAGAGGAGGGUGAACCCGCUAGGUUCUGUGUGCGCGUCACCGGACAUCCACGUCCUCGAGUCAUGUGGUUAAUCAAUGGUCACACUGUUGUGCAUGGAUCUCGUUACAAGCUGACCAACGAUGGCAUGUUCCAUCUUGAUGUACCCAAGACGCGUCAAUAUGAUACUGGCAAGGUGGAGGUUAUAGCGCGCAACUCUGUGGGCGAAUCGAUUGCUUCGACCGAACUGAAUGUUGUCGCACGCUCUGAUGAUUAUCGCAAUGUGCUCAAGAACUCACCACGCCCCUGGUACGAUUAUGAGCUAGCAGGCUAUCAGAAGGAGCGUCAGGAGAACGAGUUAGAAAAGGUAUUCGAUGAACGUAAGCAAUAUUUGUCUGAGCAGAGUGCGCACACUCUGAAGGGCGUUGAACACUUGAAGCCCAAGCAGUAUAAGCCACAAACACCCGAGUGGCAACAGAGCGUCAAGGCCAAAAAGAGCGAGGAGUACUACAACAAGUUGCAGGAGCUGGAAACCGAGCAGCUGCUUAAAGAGACCACAUUACGCAGAGAUAAUCAUCAAUAUGCCAUACCCGGCGAGAAGGUUGUCAGCAGCUCCGCUGCCAAGGGCAUGGCACAGUCCUACGAGGAGAAUCUUCAGGAGCAGACCAGCACCACUCAAAUCAAGGCGGCACCACCAAAGGGCGUAGCCCAACCUUCGGAAUCCUCGGUGCAUGGACGGGAGGUGCACAUGAACAAACAGCAGCAAGUUCAGAAGGAGAUUCAAGGCGAUUUGGAGAUCACUCGCAAGAUCACGGCUACUGAGACAACAGAAAUGGAGCACAAGGGCACAAUACAGGAGCGCGUUGUAAAGGGUCCCGUCAAACCCGCAAAGGCACCUGUCUUUACCAAGAAGAUUCAGCCAUGCCGCGUCUUUGAAAAUGAGCAGGCCAAAUUCGAGGUUGAGUUUGAGGGCGAACCUAUGCCCACUGUGAAAUGGUAUCGCGAGAGCUUCCCCAUCCAGAAUUCACCCGAUCUGCAGAUUCACACGUUCAGCGGUAAAUCCAUUUUAAUCAUACGCCAAGUUUUCAUUGAGGACUCGGCUGUGUUUUCGUGUGUGGCCGAGAAUCGUGGUGGAACUGCCAAAUGCAGCGCCAACUUGGUAGUGGAGGAGCGUAGACGUGCCGGCAAAGGCGGCAUACAGCCGCCUAGCUUUGUAAAUACCAUUCAAAGCACCACCGUGGCCACCGGACAACUAGCACGCUUCGAUGCCAAGGUGACUGGCACGCGCCCCAUGGAUGUUUACUGGUUAAAGAACGGCAUGAAGGUUCAGCCAAGCAUUAAAUUCAAGAUGCUGGAAGAGGACAACAUUCAUACAUUGCUGAUCAUUGAACCCUUCGCCGAAGAUUCUGGCCGCUAUGAGUGCGUGGCUGUUAAUGCCGCUGGCGAGGCACGUUGCGAUGGUGAUUGCAUUGUCCAGUCUCCCGCAAAGCCGGAAAAGCCAACUACGCCUGGUAGCGAGAGGCCACCGCACAUUGUGGAGCAGCUGAAAAGCCAGUCCGUGGAGGAGGGCAGCAAGGUGAUCUUCCGCUGCCGUGUGGAUGGCAAGCCCACGCCCACAGCUCGUUGGAUGCGUGGCGAGAACUUCGUGAAGCCAUCCCGCUACUUCCAAAUGACGCGCCAAGGCGAAUACUAUCAGCUUAUCAUAUCGGAGGCAUUCCCCGAAGAUGAAGGCACCUACAAGUGCGUUGCUGAAAACAAGCUGGGCAGUAUUCAGACCAGUGCGCAGCUCAAGGUGCGCCCCAUUGAGAAUCUGGAUGCACCACCAACCAUAACCGCUCUUAAGGAUGUCUCCGUCAGCGAAGGUAUGCCAGCACAGUUCAAAACCACUGUCACGGGCAAAGUGAAAGCUACCAGUGUGCAGUGGUUCCGAGAGGGACAGCUGAUACCUGAAACACCCGAUUUCCAGAUGAUCUUUGACGGUAACAGUGCCGUUCUAUUGAUUGCCACCACCUACGAGGAAGAUUCGGGCAUCUUUACAGUACGUGUGACUUCGUCAACUGGACAGGUCGAGUCAUCAGCCAAACUGACUGUUAAAAAACGACGUAUCUCGGCUUAUCAAUUGCGUCCGAUUGAUUCUGUCGAAGAUGAGUCAUCAUCAUCUGGCAGGGAAGAUAGCUCUCCUGAAUCGCCGCAUCAGCAACAGCAGUCGCAGCAGCAGACAGGCGAAUAUGGUCAAUUUCUGGGCGUUAAUGGGCAGGUACAGCAUCAGGGUCGGUCGCGUACUAAGAAGCCUAAGGUACGCAGCAAAUCCUUGCAGCCGCCGACUAAUGUUGUGCCUUGGCGCAAGUCCUCGCGUCCACACCGUGGACGCUCUCUAGACAAGCAACCAUUCCUGCCGGGUUUCAAGCCGGAGCCGGUAAAAUCCUGGACCGAAGAGACAAUUAGCUUAAAGGCCACGCCCAUUGAGAAAAAGAAACCAACACCUAAGCUUGAAGCCGCUAAGGUUGUCCUCAAGUCUAUCAAGAACGAAAGGGAUCAAGGCAUCAUGAGUCUUGGCGCCACCUUAGAGCAGAUUAUUGCUGGCAAAACUGAAAAGGAGGCUGUGCCUUGGAUAACUAUGCGAGAGAAGCUCAAGCAGGUGGAGAGUGUGCAGCAGCAGUUAAGCAAAUUUGACCUUGAUGAGGUCUACUUGCGUCCACUUGAGGGUCAAAUCGAGACGGACGAGCAAUUGCCAAAACAAGCGCAGGUGGAGCAAGUGCAGCGCACCAAGGAAAUCCAACGCCUUAAGAGCAUGGAAAGUGUGGAAAUCAUGGAAAUGACUGAUCAAAUUGAAAAGCUUAUUACCCAGCAACAGAAUAAUAAGGAUCUCAUUCCAUGGAAGGAGAUGCGACAACAGCUUAAGAGCGUGCAACGAGUGACGAAGCAGAUGGACAAGUUCAAGAUUGAAGAGGUUGAGCUACGUCAUCUGCAGGCACAACAUACAAUCAGUGAAGAGUUCCAGAAUGCUACCCAAGAUACAGUUGUAAUGACUAUUGACGAUAGCGCAAAGGGUUCAAUUUCUAAAGUUAUGACGCGCGAUGAGCUUCAGCAUUAUGAGGAUCAAUCCAAUAUCUAUAAACAACAGUUCAUCACCACAGAAGAUGUUAACAUAAUGCACGUCUCGGAGCGUGAAAAGCUGGAGGCACAACGACUGAUCAGAGAGCAACAAGCAGUCAACUGGAGACAGCAGCAUCAGCGUCCCAAAUUGCAGCCACUGACCUCUGUGGAAGAUACAAUUUCACAGACUACUGAACGCCAUAAACUUGUACAGCAGGAAAGCAUCUUGGAGGAGGCCCAGCGUCAGCAGUACGUGCAGAUCGAGGACUCACAAAUGAUGAGCCUUGAGCAAUAUGAACACCAAAAGCUAAUCAACCAGCGCACUCAACAGGAAGCUCACAACUGGCGUCAGCCACGCGAGCCACAGAAGUUCAUUCAGGUUGAGGAUUCGUCUCUGUUACACCUGCAAGAACGUCAGGAUACACAAGAGCAGCAGCUGAUUCAGCCGGACGCCGUUCUUUGGGAUCGGGGUAACAAGAAGCCCGAGCAAGUGCAAGUCCCAGCUCCAGUUCAUGAACAAUAUGUGGAGAAGCCAAUGACAUAUGAGGAAAUGCACGACGAGUUAAUUGAACAAGUUCCAGUCCAACAGCAGGAACCAGUGCCAGUUAUGUGGGAGCGCGGCAAAAAGCAGCCCAUGCAAACGCAACAAAAGACCUUUGAGGAGCUACACGACGUACUGGAUGAAACUGUGAUUGCUCAACAACCAGAACCAGUUCCAGUCAUGUGGGAACGCGGCAAGAAGAAGCCCAUGUCUCAGGAGGUCACAGAUUCUCAGGAAAUUGUGCAGACGACACAAGUUGUUCAGCAACAAAUCGUUGAGGAAACGAAGAAAACGGCAGUGCGCCGAGUAAUUCCACCACGUGAGGCUGAAGAAAGAGUAGAGCAUGUUACACUUAAGCCAACGCCACGACAGCCUCCAAAAGCAGUCCAGAAGUCUGAAGAGUUCCAAUUAAAGCCUCUUAAGAGUACACGAACAGUUCAACAAACUGUUCAAGAACCGCUUCAAGAGGCGACCAAAGAAUCUACAGACAAAUUAGUUGAAGAAAUAACACCCCAGGAACAGGAGCCACCUCAGCCUGUGAUGUGGGAACGUAGUAAAGAAGUUAAGCCCCAACAGCCAGAAAAACAAGUGCAAGAGGUUCCCAAAACACUUGAGGUGGCCGUAGAUACUUUAGAAGAAGAGACCGGUAAGACUGCAGAGUCCCAACCACAGCCAGUAAUGUGGGAGCGUGGCAAGAAGAAGCCCAAACAGCCAGCGGCUCAAGAGAUUCCCAAGUCUCAUGAAGUCGCUGUUGAUAGUCUGGAGGAAGAAACCGUGCCAACUGUUGAGCCAGAGCCCCAGCCAGUAAUUUGGGAGCGAGGCAAAAAGAAGCCCCAACAGCCAACGGCUCAAGAGAUCCCCAAGACUCAAGAAGUCGCUGUCGAUACUCUGGUAGAAGAACCCGUACCAAUUACAGAACCAGAGCCACAGCCAGUGAUUUGGGAGCGCGGCAAAAAGAAGCCGAUACAACCAAAAACUCAAGAUACUCCGAAGUCCGUUGAAGUAGCAGUUGAUACCUUGGAGGAAAAAACCGUCCCAACUGUUGAACCAGAGCCACAGCCAGUAAUGUGGGAGCGCGGCAAGAAAAAGAAGCCACCUACACAAGAAUUGGCAAAGGAAACUGUUGUUGAAUUACCAAAAGAGACUUUUGAAGAAGCAGUCGACGUUCUGCCUGAUGAUGUUAAGGUUGAUGAAAAACCUGAACCUGUUCUAUGGCAACGUGGUAAGAAGAAGGUACCACAACCUAAGCCAGCUGAAGAAUUGCAUCCAGAUGAAGUCGAUGCACAAAUUGAACAAGAUAUCGAGGUUGAGAAUGAAGAAAUUGUCGAGGAAAAGCGCAAAAUCAAGAAGGUUAAGAAACCUAAGCUUUCAAUUGCAGCACCGGAGCAAGCUGAGCAACCUGAAGAAGAGGCUCCACAAGAAGAUAUCCCUGAAGAACAGGAAGAAAAUGUGGAAGAACAAAAAGAUAUUGUUGAAGAAAAGCGUAAGAUCAAGAGGGUUAAGAAACCAAAGCUACCAAUUACACCAUUGGAGCAAAUUGAGCAGCCCGAAGAGGAGGCUCCACAGGAAGAUAUCAGUGAAGAACAGGAAGAGAAUAUCGAAGAACAAGAAGUUGUUGAAGAAAAGCGUAAGAUCAAAAAGGUCAAGAAACCUAAGCUACCAGUUGCUGCUGAUGAGGAAAUUGAGCAGCCUGAAGAGGAGGUUCCGCAAGAAGACAUCAUUGAAGAACAGGAAGAGAAUAUCGAAGAACAAGAAGAAGUUGUUGAAGAAAAGCGUAAGAUCAAAAAGGUCAAGAAACCUAAGCUACCUGUUGCAGCGGAUGAGGAAAUUGAGCAGGCUGAACAGGAGGUUCUACAAGAAGAGAUCACUGAAGAACAGGAAGAUAACGUUGAAGAACAGGAAGAGAUUGUGGAAGCAAAGCGGCAAAUAAAGAAGACAAGGAAACCAAAGAAAUUUGUAGAAGUGACUGCCGAGCCAGAACAACCUACGGAAGACAUUCCAGAAGAGGAAAUCACUGCAGAGCCGGAAGAAAUUAUUGAAGAAAAGCGCAAGAUUAAAAAGACAAGGAAACCAAAACCAAAAGAAGUAGAACAAGAGGAAGAAGAAGAACUUCCGGAAACACAACCCGAAGAAGUUGAAGAAAUCGAAGAGCCUACUAUUGAAGCGCCAACAAAAAAGAAGCCUGUUCCUAAAGCACAAGAAUUCGAGCAAGUAGAAAAAGUUAUGCUUAAGCCUGUGCCAAGGAAACAACAGCAACUGCCUGAUAAGGAACAAUUAGAAGAAGUAACAUUGAAGCCCGUUGCAAAAACCUCCAGUGUCUCCGAGGCGCAACAGCCUGAAACAACUGAAACAGAAUUUGUUGAGACAGAGAAGAUUGUUACAUUUGAAGACCAAGUUGUGGACGUUACUAAGAAACGCGUUAAAAAGAAGAAACCCAAAGUAAAACCGGAAACUCAAGGAUCAAUCGAAGAACCAAUUGAAGAUACAGCAGAACAAGAAGAUGAAACUCUGCAAGAAGAAGAAGAAGAAACCGAGCCUGUGGAAAAUGUGGUCGUGGAACAAGAUAUUGAAGAAGUAGCUCAAAAAGAUAAGGUUACCAAAUUGAAGCCCAAAAAAGAGGAUGUUGUCGAGAUGGUUGAAGAGGUGGCCUUAAAACCAGUGACCCGACCAAAGAAACAAUUACCUCAGGAAGCUACAAUUGAAGAGGUUCGUCUUAAGCCAACGAAACGCUCAACUACCAAGCCUGAUGAGGUAAAACUAGAAGAAGUUGACUUGCAGCAUGUAGAGAGGUUGGAAGAAGAAGUAGUGCAGGAAGAGAAGCGUAAGGUCAAAAAAGUGAAAAAGCCGAAGUAUGAAGAUUUACCCGAAAUACCAGAUACAGAGCCUACGACCUUGGAAGAGGCUGAGCACAUUGACAUCGUAAAAGAGCCUAAGCCUGAAGAAGAAAAACCACAAGUACCUUGGAAGCGUGGUGAGAAAAAGAAGCCAGUUGAGGAACCCUUAGAGGAGAAGCAAUGGCCGACUGGCAAACGGCGACCACUGCCAGAAGAGCAACCUGAAGAGGUUCAUCUAAAGCCAAUUCCAGCCAAGCCCGCCGAAGUGACAUCGAUACCAGAGAAAGCGAUUUCCCCACCUCAGUUACAGCCUGAAGAUAAGGUGGAAAGCGCUGAAGAGACGUCUGAUUUGGAGCCCCUAAAGAUUCCCGAAGACAAACAACCAAAAGAAAAAGUUAAAAAAGAAAAGAAGAAGAAACCAAAGUUGAAGAAGGCUACGCCAUCGGUGGAUGAAGUAUCGGAGGAAGUGGCCGAACCAUUUGCUGAGCCUAUUGCUGAGGAGGAUCAAGUUGAAGGGCUGCCAGUUGAUGAUGUUAAGGUGGUUGCGGUCUCUGAAGACGUGCAGCCAGAGGAAGAAGUUGUGAUUACUGACAAGACACCCGAAACAAAACAAAAGGCGCAUAAGAAACGUACAAAACCAUUGAAGGAAGCUUCGGUUGAAGGACAACCACAGCUACUGGAAGCAGCUGUUGCCGAAAUCGAAAAGGCUGAUGAAAUUUCUCAAGAGAUCUCACAAAAGACUAUAACCCUAUUGAAGAAGACUGAAGACACAAGACCUCAAUUCAUAACAACAGAACAGUUAAUUGAACUCGAUGUGGAAGAUGUAAGGCGAGAUCUCGAAAUGAAGCUCACUUCAAAUAUUAUUAAAAAGGAGAAACGGCGUGUAGUGCUUGAUGACAGCCAACCACUUCCCGAAUUGGAGCUUAUAACGCAAAAACGCAUCCAAGAGGGCAUUGACAAAAUGGCUGAUGAGGAACUUAUUGAGGAUCAGCAAUUGACUCAAAACUUAGAGGAAACGACAACAUCUGAGGUGAUUGGCCAGGAGCGAAAGCUUGUCAAGAAGAAGAAGAAAGAAAUCAAGCCGCCACGCAUAACAGAGAAGCUACGACCACGUCAAUGCGUUCCCGAAGAGCCUACCAUUCUUGAGUGCAAGGUUGAAGGUGUUCCAUUCCCAGAAAUUAAUUGGUACUUUAACGACAUACUAUUGUUUGCUUCGGAGAAGUAUGAGAUAACUGUGGUGGAGCAGGUGGCACAGUUAAAGAUUGCGAAAGUCACUCCCAGCGAUGUGGGUGUUUAUACCUGUGAGGCUAAGAAUGAAGCCGGAGUGGCGACUAGUCGCACCAACAUUAUAUUAGAAAAAGAACAAGGAGUGCCGCCACAAUUUACGAAACCACUUAAGAUCGUGUUUACAGAAGAAAAAGAACCCGAGCGGCUUAAGGUCACAGUAACGUGUCAGGUCACAGGCAAACCAAAUCCUCAAGUCAAAUGGUACCGUGGUAUUGAGGAGGUUAUACCCAACGAAGCUUUGCAGAUGUUCUAUGAUCAGCAGACUGGCGAUGUGGUCCUGGAGGUUAUAAAUCCACCUCCUAACGAGGCUAUUACCUAUUCGAUUCAGGCUCAAAAUCAAUUUGGACGUGCCGUUGGAAAUGCCAAUAUCAUAAGUCGUCUUAAUGAAGUUCCCAAAGAAAUACUUAAAGCACCCACAGUUACGCCAUUGAGUGCGGUGGUAAUUCCAAACGGAGGCACUUUGCUUUUCGAGGCCAAGUACGACGGAAUGCCAAGACCAGAGAUCAAAUGGUUGCGCAACGGUCGUGAGAUAACCGAGAACGAGGACACCAUUAUAGAAACAACCGAAACUACUACCACAAUUAAGGUCAUCAAUGUGACCCGUAAGCGUACAGGCAAAUACGAAGUUUGUGCUAAGAACAAGGUGGGUGAGGCCAAGUCUUCGGGCUCAGUGGUAGUUUCAGACCAAGCGCCUGACAAGCAAAUCAGGCCACCCAGAUUUAUCCAACCACUUGAACCGAAGUUCUUUGGUGAACAUGAAGUUGCAAUACUGGAGGCUGUUGUUGAUUCAGAACCGCUUUCAUCCUUCCAAUGGUUUGUGCACAAUGAGCUUAUUAAGAGCUCCAAUGAAUGCCGCAUUGUUAGCCAGGCCAACAAGUCAACGCUCUUAAUUGAGGACUUCCAAAAGAAGUUCUCUGGUCCAUUUACUUGUCGGGCCGAAAACGUUGGCGGUUCCGUCACAUCAACAGCAACAGUAAAUAUGCUGGAGGCACUGCCGCAGGAAGAGGCUGUGGAAUUCGAAUCGCCACGCUUCAUUGAGGAAUUGAUUCAGCCUGUGGAGGUAAUGGAUGGUGAAACGCUGCUGUUGACUUGUCAAGUGACAGGCAAGCCCACGCCCCGAGUGGAGUGGUAUCACAAUAAGGAAAAGAUUACCGAAACAAAGGAAACGACCAUAUCGCAGGAUGCGCAAGGAAAUUGUCAGCUGCAAAUAACGGAAGUUUUCCCUGAAAAUGAAGGUCAAUAUAAAUGCGUUGCGACAAAUAAGAUUGGCAAAAGCGUCACGAAGACAACAGUUAAAAUUCAAGCAUUUGAAUAUAUCCCCGAUUCUGAAAUCACUGGACUCACAGGAUCUGAGGAGGAUCUACUUGAUAGAACUAUCUCUAUCGACGAACAACCCCCGAAAAUAAUUAAAAAGCUACCUGAAAAAAUCGAACCCAAAGAGGGUGAACAAGCGAAAUUGGAAGUUAAGGUUAUUGGUAAACCAAAACCAAAAGUCAAAUGGCUACGUGACGACGAACAGAUAUUCGCUUCCGAGGAAUAUCAAAUCGAAAAUUUCGAAGAUGGCACCUCAGUGCUGGUCAUCAAUCAUGUAUAUCCCGAUGAUAUGGGCACAAUUAGUUUUGAGGCUUACAAUCCGUUGGGAGUGGCAGUCACAACUGCACUAUUCGCAGUAGAAGGCAUCGUUGGAUCUAAGGAUUAUCGCAAGCCAGAAUGGGUGACUCACAUGGAGGAGAUGCAAGUCGCUCUCAAAGAUACAAAACAAGCCACUGACACAAAACACACACAACAAAAGACACCAACACAAAUUAAAGAAACACAUGAAGUUGAGAUAACGGAAAUUCCCGAAACUAUAAAAAUGGUUCAUGUGGUUGAAACAGUAACCGAAGACGGCAAGCCUAAGAAGAAGAAGAUUCGCACACGAGUUAUCAAGAAGGUUAAGGGCGACAAGCAAGAAUUCACCAAGAUUGAAACCAUCGAAGAGGAUGACAAGCAACCAGAGACAACUGUCACAGUUGAAGAGAUUCCUGUGGAAGAAGAACAACCUGAACAAAUCAAGGAGCUUCCGGAAGAGGUUCAUGUGGUUGAAACAGUAACCGAAGACGGCAAGCCUAAGAAGAAGAAGAUACGCACACGUGUUAUCAAGAAGGUUAAGGGCGACAAACAAGAAGUCACCAAGAUUGAAACCAUCGAAGAGGAUGACAAGCAACCAGAGACAACUGUCACUGUUGAAGAGAUUCCAGUGGAAGAAGAACAAGUUGAACAUAUCCAGGAGCUUCCGGAAGAGGUUCGUGUGAUUGAAACAGUAAACGAAGACGGCAAGCCUAAGAAGAAGAAAAUACGCACACGAGUUAUCAAGAAGGUUAAGGGCGACAAGCAAGAAGUCACCAAGAUUGAAACCAUCGAAGAGGAUGACAAACAACCCGAGACAACUGUCACUGUGGAAGAGAUUCAUGUGGAAGAAGAACAACCUGAACAAAUCCAAGAGCUUCCAGAAGAGGUUCGUGUGGUUGAAACAAUAACCGAAGACGGCAAGCCUAAGAAGAAGAAGAUACGCACACGUGUUAUCAAGAAGGUUAAGGGCGACAAACAAGAAGUCACCAAGAUUGAAACCAUCGAAGAGGAUGACAAACAACCCGAGACAACUGUCACUGUGGAAGAGAUUCCUGUGGAAGAAGAACAACCUGAACAAAUCCAGGAGCUUCCAGAAGAGGUUCGUGUGGUUGAAACAAUAACCGAAGACGGCAAGCCUAAGAAGAAGAAGAUACGCACACGUGUUAUCAAGAAGGUUAAGGGUGACAAACAAGAAGUCACCAAGAUUGAAACCAUCGAAGAGGAUGACAAACAACCCGAGACAACUGUCACAGUGGAAGAGAUUCCUGUGGAAGAGGAACAGCCUGAAAAAACCCAGGAGCUUCCAGAGGAGGUUCGUGUGUUUGAAACAGUAACCGAAGACGGCAAGCCUAAGAAGAAGAAGAUACGCACACGGGUUAUCAAGAAGGUUAAGGGUGACAAACAAGAAGUCACCAAGAUUGAAACUAUCGAAGAGGAUGACAAACAACCCGAGACAACUGUCACUAUGGAAGAGAUUCCUGUGGAAGAAGAACAACCUGAACAAAUCCAGGAGCUUCCGGAAGUGGUUCGUGUGGUUGAAACAAUAACCGAAGACGGCAAGCCUAAGAAGAAGAAGAUACGCACACGUGUUAUCAAGAAGGUUAAAGGCGACAAACAAGAAGUCACCAAGAUUGAAACCAUCGAAGAGGAUGACAAACAACCAGAGACAACUGUCACUGUGGAAGAUAUUCCUGUGGAAGAAGAACAACCUGAAAAAAUUCAAGAGCUUCCGGAAGAGGUUCGUGUGGUUGAAACAAUAACCGAAGACGGCAAGCCUAAGAAGAAGAAGAUACGCACACGUGUUAUCAAAAAGGUUAAGGGCGACAAACAAGAAGUCACCAAGAUUGAAACCAUCGAAGAGGAUGACAAGCAACCAGAGACAACUGUCACAGUGGAAGAGAUUCCUGUGGAAGAGGAACAGCCUGAAAAAAUCCAGGAGCUUCCAGAGGAGGUUCGUGUGUUGGAAACAGUAACCGAAGACGGCAAGCCUAAGAAGAAGAAGAUACGCACACGUGUUAUCAAGAAGGUUAAGGGUGACAAGCAUGAAGUAACCAAGAUUGAAACCAUCGAAGAGGAUGACAAACAACCCGAGACAACUGUCACUGUGGAAGAGAUUCCUGUGGAAGAAGAACAACCUGAACAAAUCCAAGAGCUUCCAGAAGAGGUUCGUGUGGUUGAAACAAUAACCGAAGACGGCAAGCCUAAGAAGAAGAAGAUACGCACACGUGUUAUCAAGAAGGUUAAGGGUGACAAACAAGAAGUCACCAAGAUUGAAACUAUCGAAGAGGAUGACAAACAACCCGAGACAACUGUCACUGUGGAAGAGAUUCCUGUGGAAGAGGAACAGCCUGAAAAAAUCCUGGAGCUUCCAGAGGAGGUUCGUGUGUUUGAAACAGUAACCGAAGACGGCAAGCCUAAGAAGAAGAAGAUACGCACACGUGUUAUCAAGAAGGUUAAGGGCGACAAACAAGAAGUCACCAAGAUUGAAACCAUCGAAGAGGAUGACAAACAACCCGAGACAACUGUCACUGUGGAAGAGAUUCCUGUGGAAGAGGAACAGCCUGAAAAAAUCCAGGAGCUUCCAGAAGAGGUUCGUGUGUUUGAAACAGUAACCGAAGACGGCAAGCCUAAGAAGAAGAAGAUACGCACACGAGUUAUCAAGAAGGUUAAGGGUGACAAACAAGAAGUCACCAAGAUUGAAACCAUCGAAGAGGAUGACAAACAACCCGAGACAACUGUCACAGUGGAAGAGAUUCCUGUGGAAGAGGAGCAGCCUGAACAAAUCCAGGAGCUCCCGGAAGAGGUUCGUGUUGUUGAAACAGUAACCGAAGACGGCAGGCCUAAGAAGAAGAAGAUACGCACACGUGUUAUCAAGAAGGUUAAGGGUGACAAGCAAGAAGUCACCAAGAUUGAAACCAUCGAAGAGGAUGACAAACAACCCGAGACAACUAUCACAGUGGAAGAGAUUCCUGUGGAAGAAGAACAACCUGAACAAAUCCAGGAGCUUCCAGAGGAGGUUCGUGUGAUUGAAACAGUAAUCGAAGACGGCAAGCCUAAGACGAAGAAGAUACGUACACGUGUUAUCAAGAAGGUUAAGGGUGACAAACAAGAAGUCACCAAGAUUGAAACCAUCGAAGAAGAUGACAAACAACCCGAGACAACUGUCACAGUGGAAGAGAUUCCUGUGGAAGAGGAGCAGCCUGAACAAAUCCAGGAGCUCCCGGAAGAGGUUCGUGUUGUUGAAACAGUAACCGAAGACGGCAAGCCUAAGAAGAAGAAGAUACGCACACGUGUUAUCAAGAAGGUUAAGGGUGACAAGCAAGAAGUCACCAAGAUUGAAACCAUCGAAGAGGAUGACAAACAACCCGAGACAACUAUCACAGUGGAAGAGAUUCCUGUGGAAGAAGAACAACCUGAACAAAUCCAGGAGCUUCCAGAGGAGGUUCGUGUGAUUGAAACAGUAAUCGAAGACGGCAAGCCUAAGAAGAAGAAGAUACGCACACGUGUUAUAAAGAAGGUUAAGGGUGACAAACAAGAAGUCACCAAGAUUGAAACCAUCGAAGAGGAUGACAAACAACCCGAGACAACUGUCACUGUGGAAGAGAUUCCUGUGGAAGAAGAACAACCUGAACAAAUCCAGGAGCUUCCGGAAGAGGUUCGUGUUGUUGAAACAAUAACAGAAGACGGUAAGCCUAAGAAGAAGAAGAUACGCACACGUGUCAUUAAGAAGGUAAAGGGUGACAAACAAGAAGUCACCAAGAUUGAAACCAUCGAAGAGGAUGGUAAGCAACCAGAGACAACUGUCACAGUUGAAGAGAUUCCUGUGGAAGACGAACAACCUGAACAAAUCCAGGAGCUUCCGGAAGAGGUUCGUGUGGUUGAAACAGUAACCGAAGAAGGCAAGCCUAGGAAGAAGAAGAUACGCACACGAAUUAUCAAGAAGGUUAAGGGCGACAAACAAGAAGUCACCAAGAUUGAAACCAUCGAAGAGGAUGACAAACAACCCGAGACAACUGUCACUGUGGAAGAGAUUCCUGUGGAAGUAGAACAACCUGAACAAAUCCAGGAGCUUCCGGAAGAGGUUCGUGUGGUUGAAACAGUAACCGAAGAAGGCAAGCCUAGGAAGAAGAAGAUACGCACACGUGUUAUCAAGAAGGUUAAGGGCGACAAACAAGAAGUCACCAAGAUUGAAACCAUCGAAGAGGAUGACAAACAACCCGAGACAACUGUCACAGUGGAAGAGAUUCCUGUGGAAGAGGAGCAGCCUGAACAAAUCCAGGAGCUUCCGGAAGAGGUUCGUGUGGUUGAAACAGUAACCGAAGAAGGCAAGCCUAGGAAGAAGAAGAUACGCACACGAAUUAUCAAGAAGGUUAAGGGCGACAAACAAGAAGUCACCAAGAUUGAAACCAUCGAAGAGGAUGACAAACAACCCGAGACAACUGUCACAGUGGAAGAGAUUCCUGUGGAAGAGGAGCAGCCUGAACAAAUCCAGGAGCUUCCGGAAGAGGUUCGUGUUGUUGAAACAGUAACCGAAGACGGCAAGCCUAAGAAGAAGAAGAUACGCACACGUGUUAUCAAGAAGGUUAAGGGUGACAAACAAGAAGUCACCAAGAUUGAAACCAUCGAAGAGGAUGACAAGCAACCAGAGACAACUGUCACAGUGGAAGAGAUUCCUGUGGAAGAAGAACAACCUGAACAAAUCCAGGAGCUUCCAGAGGAGGUUCGUGUGAUUGAAACAGUAACCGAAGACGGCAAGCCUAAGAAGAAGAAGAUACGUACACGUGUUAUCAAGAAGGUUAAGGGUGACAAACAAGAAGUCACCAAGAUUGAAACCAUCGAAGAGGAUGACAAACAACCCGAGACAACUGUCACUGUGGAAGAGAUUCCUGUGGAAGAAGAACAACCUGAACAAAUCCAGGAGCUUCCAGAGGAGGUUCGUGUGAUUGAAACAGUAACCGAAGACGGCAAGCCCAAGAAGAAGAAGAUACGCACACGUGUUAUCAAGAAGGUUAAGGGUGACAAACAAGAAGUCACCAAGAUUGAAACCAUCGAAGAGGAUGACAAGCAACCAGAGACAACUGUCACAGUUGAAGAGAUUCCUGUGGAAGAAGAACAACCUGAACAAAUCCAGGAGCUUCCAGAGGAGGUUCGUUUGAUUGAAACAGUAACCGAAGACGGCAAGCCUAAGAAGAAGAAGAUACGUACACGUGUUAUAAAGAAGGUUAAGGGUGACAAACAAGAAGUCACCAAGAUUGAAACCAUCGAAGAGGAUGACAAACAACCCGAGACAACUGUCACUGUGGAAGAGAUUCCUGUGGAAGUAGAACAACCUGAACAAAUCCAGGAGCUUCCGGAAGAUGUUCGUGUUGUUGAAACAAUAACAGAAGACGGCAAGCCUAAGAAGAAGAAGAUACGCACACGUGUUAUCAAGAAGGUUAAGGGUGACAAGCAAGAAGUCACCAAGAUUGAAACCAUCGAAGAGGAUGACAAGCAACCAGAGACAACUGUCACAGUUGAAGAGAUUCCUGUGGAAGAAGAACAACCUGAACAAAUCCAGGAGCUUCCGGAAGAGGUUCGUGUGGUUGAAACAGUAACCGAAGAAGGCAAGCCUAGGAAGAAGAAGAUACGCACACGAAUUAUCAAGAAGGUUAAGGGCGACAAACAAGAAGUCACCAAGAUUGAAACCAUCGAAGAGGAUGACAAACAACCCGAGACAACUGUCACAGUGGAAGAGAUUCCUGUGGAAGAGGAGCAGCCUGAACAAACCCAGGAGCUUCCGGAAGAUGUUCGUGUUGUUGAAACAAUAACAGAAGACGGCAAGCCUAAGAAGAAGAAGAUACGCACACGUGUUAUCAAGAAGGUUAAGGGUGACAAACAAGAAGUCACCAAGAUUGAAACCAUCGAAGAGGAUGACAAGCAACCAGAGACAACUGUCACAGUUGAAGAGAUUCCUGUGGAAGAAGAACAACCUGAACAAAUCCAGGAGCUUCCGGAAGAGGUUCGUGUGGUUGAAACAGUAACCGAAGAAGGCAAGCCUAGGAAGAAGAAGAUACGCACACGAAUUAUCAAGAAGGUUAAGGGCGACAAACAAGAAGUCACCAAGAUUGAAACCAUCGAAGAGGAUGACAAACAACCCGAGACAACUGUCACAGUGGAAGAGAUUCCUGUGGAAGAGGAGCAGCCUGAACAAACCCAGGAGCUUCCGGAAGAGGUUCGUGUUGUUGAAACAAUAACAGAAGACGGCAAGCCUAAGAAGAAGAAGAUACGCACACGUGUUAUCAAGAAGGUUAAGGGUGACAAACAAGAAGUCACCAAGAUUGAAACCAUCGAAGAGGAUGACAGGCAACCAGAGACAACUGUCACAGUUGAAGAGAUUCCUGUGGAAGAAGAACAACCUGAACAAAUCCAGGAGCUUCCGGAAGAGGUUCGUGUGGUUGAAACAGUAACCGAAGAAGGCAAGCCUAGGAAGAAGAAGAUACGCACACGAAUUAUCAAGAAGGUUAAGGGCGACAAACAAGAAGUCACCAAGAUUGAAACCAUCGAAGAGGAUGACAAACAACCCGAGACAACUGUCACAGUGGAAGAGAUUCCUGUGGAAGAGGAGCAGCCUGAACAAACCCAGGAGCUUCCGGAAGAGGUUCGUGUUGUUGAAACAAUAACAGAAGACGGCAAGCCUAAGAAGAAGAAGAUACGCACACGUGUUAUCAAGAAGGUUAAGGGUGACAAGCAAGAAGUAACCAAGAUUGAAACCAUCGAGGAGGAUGACAAACAACCCGAGACAACUGUCACAGUUGAAGAGAUUCCUGUGGAAGAAGAGCAGCCUGAACAAAUGCAGGAGCUUCCAGAGGAGGUUCGUGUGAUUGAAACUGUAACCAAAGAUGGCAAGUCAAAAAAGAAAAAGAUACGCACACGUGUUAUCAAGAAGGUUAAGGGUGACAAGCAAGAAGUCACCAAGAUUGAAACCAUCGAAGAGGAUGACAAACAACCCGAGACAACUGUUACAGUGGAAGAGAUUCCUGUGGAAGAUGAACCACCUGAACAAACCCAGGAGCUUCCGGAAGAGGUUCGUGUUGUUGAAACAAUAACAGAAGACGGCAAGCCUAAGAAGAAGAAGAUACGCACACGUGUUAUCAAGAAGGUUAAGGGUGACAAGCAAGAAGUAACCAAGAUUGAAACCAUCGAAGAGGAUGACAAACAACCCGAGACAACUGUCACAGUUGAAGAGAUUCCUGUGGAAGAAGAACAACCUGAACAAAUCCAGGAGCUUCCGGAAGAGGUUCGUGUGGUUGAAACAAUAACAGAAGACGGCAAGCCUAGGAAGAAGAAGAUACGCACACGAAUUAUCAAGAAGGUUAAGGGCGACAAACAAGAAGUCACCAAGAUUGAAACCAUCGAAGAGGAUGACAAACAACCCGAGACAACUGUCACAGUGGAAGAGAUUCCUGUGGAAGAGGAGCAGCCUGAACAAACCCAGGAGCUUCCGGAAGAGGUUCGUGUUGUUGAAACAAUAACAGAAGACGGCAAGCCCAAGAAGAAGAUACGCACAUGUGUUAUCAAGAAGGUUAAGGGUGACAAGCAAGAAGUAACCAAGAUUGAAACCAUCGAAGAGGAUGACAAACAACCCGAGACAACUGUCACAGUUGAAGAGAUUCCUGUGGAAGAAGAACAACCUGAACAAAUCCAGGAGCUUCCGGAAGAGGUUCGUGUGGUUGAAACAGUAACCGAAGAAGGCAAGCCUAGGAAGAAGAAGAUACGCACACGAAUUAUCAAGAAGGUUAAGGGCGACAAACAAGAAGUCACCAAGAUUGAAACCAUCGAAGAGGAUGACAAGCAACCCGAGACAACUGUCACAGUGGAAGAGAUUCCUGUGGAAGAGGAGCAGCCUGAACAAACCCAGGAGCUUCCGGAAGAGGUUCGUGUUGUUGAAACAAUAACAGAAGACGGCAAGCCUAAGAAGAAGAAGAUACGCACACGUGUUAUCAAGAAGGUUAAGGGUGACAAGCAAGAAGUAACCAAGAUUGAAACCAUCGAAGAGGAUGACAAACAACCCGAGACAACUGUCACAGUUGAAGAGAUUCCUGUGGAAGAAGAGCAGCCUGAACAAAUGCAGGAGCUUCCAGAGGAGGUUCGUGUGAUUGAAACUGUAACCAAAGAUGGCAAGUCAAAAAAGAAAAAGAUACGCACACGUGUUAUCAAGAAGGUUAAGGGUGACAAGCAAGAAGUCACCAAGAUUGAAACCAUCGAAGAGGAUGACAAACAACCCGAGACAACUGUUACAGUGGAAGAGAUUCCUGUGGAAGAUGAACAACCUGAACAAAUCCAGGAGCUUCCGGAAGAGGUUCGUGUUGUUGAAACAAUAACAGAAGACGGCAAGCCAAAGAAGAAGAAGAUACGCACACGGGUUAUCAAGAAGGUUAAGGGUGACAAGCAAGAAGUAACCAAGAUUGAAACCAUCGAAGAGGAUGACAUGCCAACAGAGACAACUGUCACAGUUGAAGAAAUUCCUGUGGAAAAAGAGCAGCCUGAACAUAUCCAGGAGCUGCCAGAGGAGGUUCGCAUGAUUGAAACAGUAACCGAAGACGGCAAGCCCAAGAAGAAGAAGAUACGCACACGUGUUAUCAAGAAGGUUAAGGGUGACAAACAAGGAGUCACCAAGAUUGAAACCAUCGAAGAGGAUGACAAACAACCCGAGACAACUGUCACUGUCGAAGAGAUUCCUGUGGAAGAAGAACAACCUGAACAAAUCCAGGAGCUUCCGGAAGAGGUUCGUGUGGUUGAAACAAUAACAGAAGACGGCAAGCCUAAAAAGAAGAAGAUACGUACACGUGUUAUCAAGAAGGUUAAGGGCGACAAACAAGAAGUCACCAAGAUUGAAACCAUCGAAGAGGAUGACAAGCAACCAGAGACAACUGUCACUGUGGAAGAGAUUCCAGUGGAAGAAGAACAACCUGAACAAAUCCAGGAGCUUCCAGAAGAGGUUCGUGUUGUUGAAACAAUAACAGAAGACGGCAAGCCUAAGAAGAAGAAGAUACGCACACGUGUUAUCAAGAAGGUUAAGGGUGACAAACAAGAAGUAACCAAGAUUGAAACCAUCGAAGAGGAUGACAUGCCAACAGAGACAACUGUCACAGUUGAAGAAAUUCUUGUGGAAAAAGAGCAGCCUGAACAUAUUCAGGAGCUGCCAGAGGAGGUUCGUAUGAUUGAAACAGUAACCGAAGACGGCAAGCCCAAGAAGAAGAAGAUACGCACACGUGUUAUCAAGAAGGUUAAGGGUGACAAACAAGAAGUCACCAAGAUUGAAACCAUCGAAGAGGAUGACAAACAACCCGAGACAACUGUCACUGUGGAAGAGAUUCCAGUGGAAGAAGAACAACCUGAACAAAUCCAGGAGCUUCCGGAAGAGGUUCGUGUGGUUGAAGCAAUAACAGAAGACGGCAAGCCUAAAAAGAAGAAGAUACGUACACGUGUUAUCAAGAAGGUUAAGGGUGACAAACAAGAAGUCACCAAGAUUGAAACCAUCGAAGAGGAUGACAAGCAACCAGAGACAACUGUCACAGUGGAAGAGAUUCCUGUGGAGGAGGAGCAGCCUGAACAAAUCCAGGAGCUUCCAGAGGAGGUUCGUGUGGUUGAAACAAUAACAGAAGACGGCAAGCCUAAGAAGAAGAAGAUACGCACACGUGUUAUCAAGAAGGUUAAGGGUGACAAACAAGAAGUAACCAAGAUUGAAACCAUCGAAGAGGAUGACAUGCCAACAGAGACAACUGUCACAGUUGAAGAAAUUCCUGUGGAAAAAGAGCAGCCUGAACAUAUCCAGGAGCUGCCAGAGGAGGUUCGUAUGAUUGAAACAGUAACCGAAGACGGCAAGCCCAAGAAGAAGAAGAUACGCACACGUGUUAUCAAGAAGGUUAAGGGUGACAAACAAGAAGUCACCAAGAUUGAAACCAUCGAAGAGGAUGACAAACAACCCGAGACAACUGUCACUGUGGAAGAGAUUCCAGUGGAAGAAGAACAACCUGAACAAAUCCAGGAGCUUCCGGAAGAGGUUCGUGUUGUUGAAACAAUAACAGAAGACGGCAAGCCUAAAAAGAUGAAGAUACGUACACGUGUUAUCAAGAAGGUUAAGGGCGAUAAACAAGAAGUAACCAAGAUUGAAACCAUCGAAGAGGAUGACAAGCAACCAGAGACAACUGUCACAGUGGAAGAGAUUCCUGUGGAGGAGGAGCAGCCUGAACAAAUCCAGGAGCUUCCAGAGGAGGUUCGUGUGGUUGAAACAGUAACCGAAGACGGCAAGCCUAAGAAGAAGAAGAUACGCACACGUGUUAUCAAGAAGGUUAAGGGUGACAAACAAGAAGUCACCAAGAUUGAAACCAUCGAAGAAGAUGACAAGCAACCCGAGACAACUGUCACAGUUGAAGAGAUUCCUAUGGAAAAAGAGCAGCCUGAACAAAUCCAGGAGCUUCCGGAAGAGGUUCGUGUUGUUGAAACAAUAACAGAAGACGGCAAGCCUAGGAAGAAGAAGAUACGCACACGUGUUAUCAAGAAGGUUAAGGGUGACAAACAAGAAGUCACCAAGAUUGAAACCAUCGAAGAGGAUGACAGGCAACCAGAGACAACUGUCACAGUUAAAGAGAUUCCUGUGGAAGAAGAACAUCCUGAACAAAUCCAGGAGCUCCCAGAAGAGGUGCGUGUGGUUGAAACAGUAACCGAAGACGGCAAGCCUAAGAAGAAGAAGAUCCGCACACGUGUUAUCAAGAAGGUUAAGGGUGACAAACAAGAAGUCACCAAGAUUGAAACCAUCGAAGAAGAUGGCAUGCAACCCGAGACAACUGUCACAGUGGAAGAGAUUCCUGUGGAAGAAGAACACCCUGAACAAAUCCAGGAGCUCCCAGAAGAGGUGCGUGUGGUUGAAACAAUAACCGAAGACGGCAAGCCUAAGAAGAAGAAGAUACGCACACGUAUCAUUAAGAAGGCUCAGGGCGAUAAACAGGAAAUCACUAAAAUUGAAACGGUUGAAGAAGAUAAAAAGCCUGAAACAACAAUAACAAUAGAAGAAGCCAAAAGUCCAUUUGGGGAAAAAAUAAGUUUAAGGAAAAGAAUUGUUGUUCAUAAGCCUGAUGAUGAUGUUACUGUUGUUGAAUUACCGGAAAGAAAAUCAGUAAUUCUAUCUGAAAAGAAUGAUGGUACUCCAAUCAAGACGGUAAUUAAAACUAAAAUUAUAAAAAAAGUGCAAGGCUCAAACAUGGAAGUUACCAAAGUUCAAACUGUCGAUGAAUAUGAAAAACCAAUUCAGACAAAGGUUACUGUUGAGAAUUACCAAGCUCCUUUUCCAGAUCUUCCGGAAGAAAAGUUUACAGAAGUUGUUGUUUUACCAGAUAUUGACGUUAAUGCGGAAGUUGUUGACGCAGAUGGGUUACAAAAAGUUAUAAAAUCUAAAAAGCGGGUCAUUAAGAAACCUAAAGACGAAUUUAAAGAAGAAGUGACGGAAAUUGAUAUUACUGAACAAGAUUCAGGAGAGCCCAUUUAUAAAAUAACUGUCAAUGAACUUCCAUUUACGGAGCCGACUCAAACUGAUAAUAAGUCAGUUGAGUUACCAGAACAAGUAACUGAGCUGGAAGUCGUUUCUCCCGAUGGAACAAAGAAGAAGAAAAUUGUUAAGACAAGAACAUUUAAAACAAAAAUUGAUGACAAUCAUGAUGAAGUCACUACAGUUAAUACUGUUGAAGAGGAAAAUAUGGAACCAAUAACUACUGUGCAUGUUGAAAUUGUCCCAGUCGAUGAAACGUCUACAUUGCCCAUUCCUAUUGAGGAGUUGCCAGAAGAAAUUGUUUAUACUGAGGAAAUUGCAGAUAAUAAGAAGCCAAGAAAAAAGAAAACCAAAACUCGAACAUUCAAAAAACAAGGUCUUGAGGAUGAAGAAUAUUACCAAAUACAAACUAUUGAAGAAGAAGGCAAAGAGCCUUAUUCACUUAUACGCGUUGUUAGUGAUGAAAGCAUUGCCGACAUUAUUGAUAUUAGUAAACUUGAUGAUGAACAACUUCCUAAACACAAAAAACCAAAGCCACACAAACAGAGGGCGGAUAAACAACAACCCGAACACACUGAAACGGAACACCCAGUUUACAUAACCACAUUCAAAUCUGUACAAAGUGAAGAUGGCGAAACCACAAUUCAAACUGAAAAUAAAAGAGUUUGUCAAGAGGAAGGCAUCGUUGUUGAGGAAAUGCUAAGUGACACUGAACCCGUUACGGAAGACACUACACAAUCAAAUAUUGAAAUUGUCGAAGUCAGCGAGCCUACAGACCAAUACAACAAAGAGUACACUAUCACAGAACCCGAAGAUGCAAGUGCAAAUAACACCGUACAUACACAGACCAAAGUUAAAAAACCCAAACAGAAAAAGACACAACCACAUCAAUUUGAACAGAUUGACGAGACUGGGGAACUUGAGGGGGUCGCAGGGGAGCCUGCUUAUGAAAGUGUUGAAAAUAUACCAGAUGAUGUUCAGGUUGAGAAAAGUACGGAGGAGAAACCAGGGCCAGGGCCAGGGCCAGCUGAGAAAAAAGAUAAACCAAAGAAGAAGAAGGUGAUAAAGACGAAAAGGGAUGAGAUGGAUGAUUAUAUACAGUUCCUGAUACACCAGGAAAUACCGAAAACGGUGUUACAGCCGUAUGUACGAACUGAAAUGGAACAUCCACAAAGGGCGCGCCGUGACUCGUCUAUAAAACCAAUGAAGCUAACUCCUAUAAAAAUUGAGAAAAUUGAGGUUAAGAAACCCAAAAUGAUUGAAAUAAGCUCAGUGGUCGAAUUUCCGCAAAUGCUCAAGCUCAAAACUCCGAAACAACGUCCACAGGAAGAAAAGAAAAGAAGAUCUAGCGAAGCCUCAUUUAAAAAUAAAAAACUUAAGAGUUGGAUAAGGUUUAUACCUUACGCACCGUAUUGCUUUCCUUAUACCGUUAUUGAUAUGGAAACUAAGCGAGAUAAUGGUGAGCUUUCUCGAAAUAUAGAAGAAGCAGAGGAAGUAUUGAAGAAGCGUCCAAAGAAAUUCAAGCAUACUAAGCCUGUUAAAGCUGAUCUAGAAGAAUUGGAUUUGGAAACAUUUGAAGAUGCGAGCAAGCCGUUAGAUGAAACUAAGGAAAAACCAAAGUAUAAGCGAGGUAAAAAGGAGAAACAUGAAAACGAAGAUGAAUAUAGAAAAUUAAAGAUUGGUAAGGGUAAACUUCCAGGAAAUGUUGAUUCACAAGAAACCGUUGAAUUGAAGCCAGUAAAUUUGGAUGAUAAACAUCAAGUUGUAGCUGAGACACCAAAAGAGAAAACUAAAGAAAAGAAAACGAUAAAGAAGGUAAGGAAAUCAAGUGACACCGAUGAUAAACUUGGCUUCGAGCCCCUUUUAAGUGAUGACGACAAUGAAGAAAAAGAAAGCAAACCGUUCUUCAAAUUUGAGGUCAUUGAAUUAGAGCCCAAGGAAAUGCUAGAGGAAUUAAGUGAUGCUAACCGACCUGAAAAAGAACCCAAGAAGAAACGUAAAUUAAAGCUUAAAACAGAAUUGGAAGAAAAUGUCGUUGAGAUAGUUGAAAUUUCUCCACUUAAUAGCAAUGAUAAGCAGUAUGAAGUUACCGUAACUAGUUCAGAGACUAAUGAGUAUCAGCCAAAGGAAAAGAAGAUAAUCAAAAAAAAAGUUAAGCGUAUGAAUAAAGAGGAGUUGGAUGACUUUAUCACAGAGCUUAAGGAUGAGCCUGAUCAAGCAUUCUAUGAAACCGCCAUGACUGAUUUCUUCGAAGUGAAGUUGAUUGAACUGGAACCUGAAGAGAUUCCCGAUAAUAAUGUAUCUCAAAAAACUAAAAAGCGUAGAAUUUUGCAUAAGCGUGGAGAAAAAGAAGAGGUUCUAGAAAUUGUUGAAACUGUUCCUUCAUCCGGCGAGGAGCCAUUCUACGAAAUAUCAAUCAAAUCAACUGAACCAGAAGAGGAAACUGAUACUCAAAAGCCAAUUGAAAGACCAAAACCAAGAACUAAGAAAAUGAAAAAGGUUGAUCUAGAUGCGUAUAUACAGCAGCUGAUAAAUGCGGAGAUUCCAAUAACUGAACUUGAGAAGUAUGAAAAAACUGAAAUAGAUUCCAAGCCGAAGAAACCAAAGAAGCAGAAGAUCAAACAACCUAAGGCCCAUAUCGAUGAAGGUGAAGCUUUUGAAGUGGGUAUCAUACAGGAAGAACCAAUUAAGAAACCUAAGGUCAAGAAACCCAAAUCUCAACCAAAACUUGAAGAUGAAUCAGUAACUGAACCGGAAAGUGUUACUGAUCACAAAGAGUUUACAAUCAGCACGAUUGACUCGCAGCCCAUUCCAGAGCAAAUUGUGGAAGAGAUAGUUAAGGCAGCUGCCCUUGACCUGGACGAAAUUAUAUCAAACAUCGGUGAAUCACUCCCUAUCAUAGAAUUGGAGAAAUAUACUGAGACCGUCCCUCAACCUAUUGAAGAUGUUGAAAGCUCUGAAAAUAAAAUAAUUAAGAAACGCAAAGUGAAAACUAGAAAGGGUUCCAAGCAGUAUGAAGUACAAAUCGUGGAAACUAUAGCACCGGACGAUGAUCAUGCAGAAGCAGAGGUUGUUGUUAUAACAACUGAAAUCGUUAAAGACAAUACUGAUGUACCAAUCGAAGAGCAACCAGAAACUCCAAAGAAAACUAUAAGAAAGGUGAAAAAAGAUAAUCUCAAAGAAUAUAUAGUCAGCAUUAUUGAUGAGGCCUCAACAGAACUUCUAGCCAAAAUUUCUGAGGACAUGUCCCCUAUGGCAGAAGUGGAACCUUUAGAAGAUGAAGAUAUCACAAGUUUUAAAACUACAGUAGUUAAUGAUGUUACCGAAGAUGAUGUUAAGCCAGAAAAGGAAUCGGUUGACAGUCCAACAAGCAAGCCAAAGGAUAAAAAGAAGAAAGCAGCUAAGUCGAAAAAGGUUACAGUAAUUGAAGAGCAGCCAGUUCAGGGUGAAGACAGCACUGAGGGAGAAGAAUAUCCUAGUAAGGAUGUAGAAACAUCAAAAUCAUCGUCGCACGAUGAAUAUUCAGUUGAGAUAACAGAAGUAGCGCCUAAAUCUAAGAAAAAGGUGCCGAAAAAUAAACUUGAGCAGCCUAUGCCUGUCCCGAUAUCAGAACACAAAAUUCGUAUUGAGGAACUAGCACCUGAAACAACAACCGAACAAGUUACUAACGAUCAAGGAGAAGAGGUUGAAAGGGUUACAACUAAGCGAAGACUUAAAAAGAAGGAAGGUCCAAAGGAAUAUCUAAUCGAAGUUGUUGAAACUUACGAAGAAAAUAAGCCCGAGGCAGAAUUGGUUAUUCAGACUAUAGAAAUAACACCAGAAUCAGACUCUCAAGCACCUGAAGAUCACAAAAUUAAAAUUGUGAAAAAGAAAAAACCCAAAGACGAAAAAAUUGACACUUAUAUUCAACAGUUAAUAGAAGAAGAAGUUCCAAAAACAGAGCUUGAUGUCUACGAAACAACCGAAUUGGAGUCAACCCCGGAGUCAAAGAAACCGAAGAAGAUAAAGAAACACCAUAAGAAAACCACCGAAAUAGUUGAUGGUAUUCCACAUACUGUACAUGAAUUUACCAUUCAAGAGUUCGAGCCAGAUGCAGAGCUAGUUCCCGAAACCAUUACAGAAAUUGAGGAUGAUGUAACCCCAAAAACACAGAUAGAAGAUUUCGAAAUAGAGGUAAAAGACGAACAGCCUAAACGUAAGCCGAAGAAAGACAGGAAAUCAAAGGUGGUGGUGGUCGACGAAGAACCAGUCAAUAUUGAAGACAUUGGGGAAACUGUAGAAGUUACUAAGAUAGUUGAAGACGAUGGCACAACAAAAGAAGUUCAAGUAAAGAAGCGUAAGAUCGUUCGCAAGCAAGGUCCAAAGGAACAUGUUUUUGAAAUAACAGAGACAUCAAAUAAUGAAGAGCCUUUGGCUGAAGUUACCAUCAUUGAUAUUACAGAAGAUGAAAGGCCGAGUGAUACAGUUGAACCACUUACGAAACGGAAGGCACCAAUCAAAAUGCCAAAGAAACUUAAGCGCGAAGACGUGGACAGCUAUGUGAUUAAUGUAGUCGAAGAGUUUACACAGCCAAUAGAAGAGAUUGCACUGAUUCCUUCUCCGAUUUCGGAACAGACCAUUUGUAUUGAGGAGCUUGCUCCUGAAACAACAACCGAACAAGUUACUAACGAACAAGGAGAAGAGGUUGAAAGGGUUACAACUAAGCGAAGACUUAAAAAGAAGGAAGGUCCAAAGGAAUAUCUAAUCGAAGUUGUUGAAACUUACGAAGAAAAUAAGCCCGAGGCAGAAUUGGUUAUUCAGACUAUAGAAAUAACACCAGAAUCAGACACUCAAGCACCUGAAGAUCACAAAAUUAAAAUUGUGAAAAAGAAAAAACCCAAAGACGAAAAAAUUGACACUUAUAUUCAACAGUUAUUGGAAGAAGAAGAAGUUCCAAAAACAGAGCUUGAUGUCUACGAAACAACCGAAUUGGAGUCAACCCCGGAGUCAAAGAAACCGAAGAAGAUAAAGAAACACCAUAAGAAAACCACCGAAAUAGUUGAUGGUAUUCCACAUACUGUACAUGAAUUUACCAUUCAAGAGUUCGAGCCAGAUGCAGAGCUAGUUCCCGAAACCAUUACAGAAAUCGAGGAUGAUGUAACCCCAAAAACACAGAUAGAAGAUUUCGAAAUAGAGGUAAAAGACGAACAGCCUAAACGUAAGCCGAAGAAAGAUAGGAAAUCAAAGGUGGUGGUGGUCGACGAAGAACCAGUCAAUAUUGAAGACAUUGGGGAAACUGUAGAAGUUACUAAGAUAGUUGAAGACGAUGGCACAACAAAAGAAGUUCAAGUAAAGAAGCGCAAGAUCGUUCGCAAGCAAGGUCCAAAGGAACAUGUUUUUGAAAUAACAGAGACAUCAAAUAAUGAAGAGCCUUUGGCUGAAGUUACCAUCAUUGAUAUUACAGAAGAUGAAAGGCCGAGUGAUACAGUUGAACCACUUACGAAACGGAAGGCACCAAUCAAAAUGCCAAAGAAACUUAAGCGCGAAGACGUGGACAGCUAUGUGAUUAAUGUAGUGGAAGCGUUUACAGAGCCAACAGAAAAGAUUACACCAAUUCCUUCUCAGAUUUUGGAAAAGACAAUUGGUUUCGAGCCCCUUUUGAGUGUUGACGACAAUGAAGAAAAAGAAAGCAAACCGUUCUUCAAAUUUGAGGUCACUGAAUUAGAGCCCAAGGAAAUGCUAGAGGAAUUAAGUGAUGCUAACCGACCUGAAAAAGAACCCAAGAAGAAACGUAAAUUAAAGCUUAAAACAGAAUUGGAAGAAAAUGUCGUUGAGAUAGUUGAAAUUUCUCCACUUAAUAGCAAUGAUAAGCAGUAUGAAGUUACCGUAACUAGUUCAGAGACUAAUGAGUAUCAGCCAAAGGAAAAGAAGAUAAUCAAAAAAAAAGUUAAGCGUAUGAAUAAAGAGGAGUUGGAUGACUUUAUCACAGAGCUUAAGGAUGAGCCUGAUCAAGCAUUCUAUGAAACCGCCAUGACUGAUUUCUUCGAAGUGAAGUUGAUUGAACUGGAACCUGAAGAGAUUCCCGAUAAUAAUGUAUCUCAAAAAACUAAAAAGCGUAGAAUUUUGCAUAAGCGUGGAGAAAAAGAAGAGGUUCUAGAAAUUGUUGAAACUGUUCCUUCAUCCGGCGAGGAGCCAUUCUACGAAAUAUCAAUCAAAUCAACUGAACCAGAAGAGGAAACUGAUACUCAAAAGCCAAUUGAAAGACCAAAACCAAGAACUAAGAAAAUGAAAAAGGUUGAUCUAGAUGCGUAUAUACAGCAGCUGAUAAAUGCGGAGAUUCCAAUAACUGAACUUGAGAAGUAUGAAAAAACUGAAAUAGAUUCCAAGCCGAAGAAACCAAAGAAGCAGAAGAUCAAACAACCUAAGGCCCAUAUCGAUGAAGGUGAAGCUUUUGAAGUGGGUAUCAUACAGGAAGAACCAAUUAAGAAACCUAAGGUCAAGAAACCCAAAUCUCAACCAAAACUUGAAGAUGAAUCAGUAACUGAACCGGAAAGUGUUACUGAUCACAAAGAGUUUACAAUCAGCACGAUUGACUCGCAGCCCAUACCACAGCAAAUCGUGGAAGAGAUAGUUAAGGCAGCUGCCCUUGACCUGGACGAAAUUAUAUCAAACAUCGGUGAAUCACUCCCUAUCAUAGAAUUGGAGAAAUAUACUGAGACCGUCCCUCAACCUAUUGAAGAUGUUGAAAGCUCUGAAAAUAAAAUAAUUAAGAAACGCAAAGUGAAAACUAGAAAGGGUUCCAAGCAGUAUGAAGUACAAAUCGUGGAAACUAUAGCACCGGACGAUGAUCAUGCAGAAGCAGAGGUUGUUGUUAUAACAACUGAAAUCGUUAAAGACAAUACUGAUGUACCAAUCGAAGAGCAACCAGAAACUCCAAAGAAAACUAUAAGAAAGGUGAAAAAAGAUAAUCUCAAAGAAUAUAUAGUCAGCAUUAUUGAUGAGGCCCCAACAGAACUUCUAGCCAAAAUUUCUGAGGACAUGUCCCCUAUGGCAGAAGUGGAACCUUUAGAAGAUGAAGAUAUCACAAGUUUUAAAACUACAGUAGUUGAUGAUGUUACCGAAGAUGAUGUUAAGCCAGAAAAGGAAUCGGUUGACAGUCCAACAAGCAAGCCAAAGGAUAAAAAGAAGAAAGCAGCUAAGUCGAAAAAGGUUACAGUAAUUGAAGAGCAGCCAGUUCAGGGUGAAGACAGCACUGAGGGAGAAGAAUAUUCUAGUAAGGAUGUAGAAACAUCAAAAUCAUCGUCGCACGAUGAAUAUUCAGUUGAGAUAAUAGAAGUAGCGCCUAAAUCUAAGAAAAAGGUGCCGAAAAAUAAACUUGAGCAGCCUAUGCCUGUCCCGAUAUCAGAACACAAAAUUCGUAUUGAGGAACUAGCACCUGAAACAACAACCGAACAAGUUACUAACGAUCAAGGAGAAGAGGUUGAAAGGGUUACAACUAAGCGAAGACUUAAAAAGAAGGAAGGUCCAAAGGAAUAUCUAAUCGAAGUUGUUGAAACUUACGAAGAAAAUAAGCCCGAGGCAGAAUUGGUUAUUCAGACUAUAGAAAUAACACCAGAAUCAGACUCUCAAGCACCUGAAGAUCACAAAAUUAAAAUUGUGAAAAAGAAAAAACCCAAAGACGAAAAAAUUGACACUUAUAUUCAACAGUUAAUAGAAGAAGAAGUUCCAAAAACAGAGCUUGAUGUCUACGAAACAACCGAAUUGGAGUCAACCCCGGAGUCAAAGAAACCGAAGAAGAUAAAGAAACACCAUAAGAAAACCACCGAAAUAGUUGAUGGUAUUCCACAUACUGUACAUGAAUUUACCAUUCAAGAGUUCGAGCCAGAUGCAGAGCUAGUUCCCGAAACCAUUACAGAAAUUGAGGAUGAUGUAACCCCAAAAACACAGAUAGAAGAUUUCGAAAUAGAGGUAAAAGACGAACAGCCUAAACGUAAGCCGAAGAAAGAUAGGAAAUCAAAGGUGGUGGUGGUCGACGAAGAACCAGUCAAUAUUGAAGACAUUGGGGAAACUGUAGAAGUUACUAAGAUAGUUGAAGACGAUGGCACAACAAAAGAAGUUCAAGUAAAGAAGCGCAAGAUCGUUCGCAAGCAAGGUCCAAAGGAACAUGUUUUUGAAAUAACAGAGACAUCAAAUAAUGAAGAGCCUUUGGCUGAAGUUACCAUCAUUGAUAUUACAGAAGAUGAAAGGCCGAGUGAUACAGUUGAACCACUUACGAAACGGAAGGCACCAAUCAAAAUGCCAAAGAAACUUAAGCGCGAAGACGUGGACAACUAUGUGAUUAAUGUAGUCGAAGAGUUUACACAGCCAAUAGAUACGUUCCCUCAAGUUGAGGAAAUUCUCCUAAAAGAGGAUGAUACUGAAGACAAAAUUCCCAAGCUUAAAACAAAAUCUAUAAAGCCCAAGAAACCCAGAAAGAAAUCUGAAGAUCACACAAUUCGUAUUGAAGAACUUGCUCCUGAAACCAUUAUCGAAGAUAUUGUCAACGAAGAAGGAGAUGAAGUUAAGCAGGUAAAAACUACGAAGAAGCUGAAGAAAAAAGACGGACCCAAGGAGUACUUGAUAGAAAUAACCGAAACCUAUCAAGAGAACAAACCAGACGCUGAUAUUGAAGUAACUACCUUUGAAAUACCUGUAGACGAAACAAGCAAUGUAGAUAGAGAUCAGCCAGUUAAGAUAGUUCAAAAAUUGAAAAAGAAGAAGGCCGUAAAGGAUGAUUUAGAUAAAUAUAUUCAGGAACUUAUUGAGCAAGAAAUUACAAAAACAGAUCUAGAGCAAUAUGAGCCCACUGAAAUUGAAUCGAAGCCCAAGCCGAAGAAAAAAGUAAAAACCCAUCAUAAAAAGAGCGUGGAAAUAAUUGAUAGUGUUCCCGUUACCGUUCAUGAGUUUGAUGUUACGGAAAUAGAACCAGAGCUUAUAGAGGAAGAUAAACAAUUGGUUAUCUUAGACAAACCUGAAGAUGAGACUUCUGAGAAUGAAGAGCCCGUAAAAUAUUUGGCAAAUGUUUUGGACGAGAUUUUAGAACCAACACAAAGCCCUGAUGACAUAACUGACGAGCCGACAACCGUACCUAAGCUAGAGAAGUCACAGAAAAAGAAAAAGAUAGAAAAAGUUCCGGUAGUUUUAGAUGAAAUAUCUGAAUCCACUGAAAUUAUACAGCAGCCUACAGAAGACGGUGUUUUGAAAGAAGUUUCUGUGAAGAAGCGUAAGGUUACUCAUAGGAAGGGUUCCAAGCAAAGCAUCUUUGAGAUAACUGAAACUACUAGCGAUGAUCAACCCAUGGCAGAAGUAACUAUCGUAGAGCUUACGGAAAAUAAGUCAUCCAUUCCGGAAGAAGCCCCAACUGUUGAACAGAAAGUAGUAAGGAAGACUAAAAAACUAAAUAAGGAAGAUGUACAUGAAUAUGUUAUCAAUGUUAUUGAUGAUUUUGUGCAAGAAUUGCCCCUUGUAGCAAUUGAGGACGAAGUAAAGGAAAUUACCGAAAAGAAAAAGGUAAAGACUAAAAAACCUCCAAAGGACUAUAAAUUCAAAGAGACCGAAGAAAUUUUGGCCGAAGAAUUUGAAAAACCUAAGGAUGUUCCUGAAAUGUCAGAUGAGACAGAACGUGAAGUCCCAAUCGAACCCACUGAUUUUACCAUAGGCGUUAGCGAAAAUGUUACUACAGAUGAAAAGAAACCUAAAACACCGAAGAAGCCGAUAAAGUCAAAGCCAGUUAAUGAAAUUGAGUAUGAGAAACAUCCAGACUAUUUGAUAAAGGUAUCAACAGAGGAAACAGCGGCGAAUGAGUUAACAGAGACUGAAAGUGUGAACCUGGAAUCAGAGGAUGUACAGCCAAAAGAGGAACCAGUUUUCCAUAUAGAAGAGAUCGAAACUAUACCAGAUGUAGUUGAAGAACAGGAUGAAAAGAGUGCAACCGAAAAGAAAGUUGUUAGUAAGCGAAAGAUCAGAAAGCAAGUUGGUCCUAAGGAAGAAAUCAUAGAAAUUGUCGAAACUGUCAAGGACGGGCUGCCUGAAUAUGAAGUCACAGUGACUACUGAAGAAGCCGAAAAAGAAGUUGAAGAAAUUCCUCAAGAAGAGAAGCCAAAGAAGGUUAAAAAGACCAAAAAGGUUCCAAAGGAUGAUUUACAUGAGUAUAUACAAAAACUUAUUGAACAGGAUAUUCCGAAGUCAGAAUUAGAGAAGUACGAAAAAAUUGAUUUCGAUGAACCAGUCAAAAUGAAAAAGAAGAAGCCUGUGAAAAAGAUCAAAAUUACAGAAGAAGAAGUUAAGGAUGCCCCUGAAGUAUCAAUUGUAGAAGCUCCCGAAUAUGAAACACAUCCAUUGGAAAGUCCGUUGGAAGAAUCACAAUUGAUGGUUACUGUUAAAGAAUUUAUAGCACCAAUACCCAAAGAAAAAUCCUUUGAAGUUACAGUUCUUGAAGAACUUGUUGAAAAUAAGCCGAUUCCGGAUAGUGAAGGGGAAAUUAAAAUAAAGGAAGUAAAAACAAAGAAAAUAAAACACAAAAAGGGUCCGGAAGAGAUAAUUCACGACAUAACAGUUGUUUAUGAUAAAGAUACUGAUGAAUCCGAAAUUACUAUAGUAACAUCAAGUCCAAACGAAACCGAAGAUCAGAAGGAAGUUACUGUUAAGCAAAGGAAAACCAAAAAGAUUAAAAAGGAUGAUGUUGAUGAUUUCAUUAAAACAGUUAUUGAAGAAGAUGUACCACGAGAACAGCCAUCUGACAUUGUUGAUGUUACGGAGGAAACGGCUUCUCAGAAAAUACCUGAAAAACCAAAGAAGAUUAAAAAGAAGGAAAAAAUGCCGUCAUUGGAAGAGAAAUCAACGCCAACAGAAAACGUGGAAGUUUUAGAGAGCUUACCAACGGAAGAACCAACUGAAGAAUUCCCCGUGGAUGUAGUGGAAGUAUCUGCCACCGUGGAGUCUGAUAAAGAAGGUGAAGUACCCCAAGACCAUAGUAUACCUGAAAAGAAAAAGAAAUCUCCUAAGCAAAAGAUUAAAGUUAUUGAAGAACGACCUGAGAGAGAAACUGAUGUGAAGCCUUUGGAGAUUGUGGAAAAGGAGUUUGAUAUUGAAAAGCCAAUUGAGAAAGAAUACAGUGUCAUUUUCACAGAAGAAGAAUCUAAGCCAAAGGACAAAAUGGAAAAGAAGCCAAAGGAGGUUAAGAAUAAACAAGUUCAACCAGAGGAACCAACUUACGAAAUUUCUGUUAAGGAAAGUCACAUUCAACUCGAAGACCUUCCUUUAACUAUAGAAAUGAUCGAAAGUGAAACAAAAGAGGAAGUAACCACAGAUGAUGCUGGCGAGGUCCAUAAGGUAGUUACAACAAAACAUAAGAUUAAACGUCCAAAGGGAGAAACUGAUGAUGUUAUUGAAAUAAUUGAGGUCGUUACUGAUGAUCAGCCUAACGCGGAAAUUACAAUUGUUGAGUACGAACCGGUACAACCACAUGAGGAAGAAAAGGCCAAAGAACCGAAAAAGAAAUUAAAGAAAGUUAAAAAGGAUGAUAUUCAUGACUAUAUACAAAAACUUAUAGACAUGGAGACUCCUAAAACUGAAUUGGAAAAAUAUGAGAAAAUUGAGUUCGAGCCAAUACCCAAAGAAAAACCUACCGAAACAACGCCUGUAACAGUGACAGAUGAAUCUCCAACCGAGAAACCAAAGAAGGACAAAAGGUCUAAGCCGAAAGAGUUGCCAAAGAAAGAGGAAUCUUUACCAGAACCAUUGGCUGAAAUUACGGUUAUUGAAGAGGAAGAACAUGAAAAGCCAAAAGUAGUCGAAGUAGUGGAAGUUCAACCGGUGGAUGUGAAAAUUACAGAAACAGUCACUGACGAGGGCCAUCCAGUUCAAGAGAAAACUACUAAGCGAGUUUUAAAGAAAAAGGGUCCCGAGGAAGAAACCACUUUCAAGAUAACAACAAUUGAAAGCGAAGGCAGUGAUACCGUGACUGUUAUCGUUGACGAGGAACCCGAAGCCGUGCCAGUUGAGUCUAUUGAAACUCAGCCGGAGAGUGCGGAAGAAGAGAAACCAAAGGCCAAACCGAAGCCUAAGAAAUCAGUAAAGAAGGUUAAAAAAGAUGAUUUGGAUGAAUAUGUUAAGAAACUUUUAGAGGAAGAACUACCAAAGACUGAAAAGGAAGUGUAUGAAAAAGUUGAAAUGCCAGAAAAACCGAAAGACAAAGCCCCAACAGAAAGUGUGACAGAGCCGGCAAAGCCUGGCGUGCCCAAAACCCCAAUUGCAGAUCUUGACUCGCCCUUACCUAAAAAGACCAAAAAACCUAGACCAAAACCAGCUGACGUAGGGGAACAAAGACAAGACGAACCAACGGAAGAGACUGUUUCUGAGACUAAAGACGUAACUGAAGAUACACCAACUCAAAUUGCACACCCCGAGGACACAGCCACUGCACAAAUUACACCAAGCGCACAAGAUGAAAUAUCUACUCAAGAUGACACUAAAGAUACAGUUCAAAAAACAGUUAAGCAUAAGAAAGCUAAGCCAGACACAGUUAAAAGCGUUGAAACAAGUGAAGCACCCGAGGCUUAUAAGGAUUAUCACAUAAGCGUGAUUGAUGAAGAGCCCGAAGAAAAAGAAGUGCAGCCCGAUAAAAUCUUGGAAGUUAGAAUUAUCGAUGAAGUUUCUGAAGUCGAAGAGUCUCAACCCAUCGUCGAAGAAGUCGAAGAGGAGGAUGAAAAACCGACAGCCGAGGAAACAGUUGAGGACGUCACAAAGCCGAAGACAAAGAAAAAGAAGAUUGUCAAAAAGAAGACCCAUGAACAUGAUGAAAUAAUACAAAAGCUGCUUGAACAAGAAAUUGAAAAAACAGAGUUGGAGAAAUAUGAGAAGGUCGAAUUUGAUACACCCAAGAAACUGAAACCCGAAUUCGCUAAUCUCGAACCAAUUAAAAUUGAAAGGAAGGAACAGAAGCCCACAAAGGUCACAAUAGUUGAGGCCGCUGAGAUUCCCAAGAUGGUGAAAUUAAAGCCUGGCAAACGUAAGGAGAAACCGGCAGAAGAACAAACUGUACAACUUCCCAAAUUCAGGCUUAAGACUCGCAUGAUUAUGGUUGAAUAUCCGCCAACCCCGAUUAUACCAAAGUUGACAGACAUUGGUGCAAUUAAGCAGAACGGUGACCUCACCCGCAAUAUUGAGGAAGCGGAAGAGCUACUAAAGUUUAAGCCACACAAGCCCAAGAAAAUUAAGAAAAUUAAAGAUGAUUUGGAGAAGGUGGAGCUUGAAAAGUAUGAAAAAUAUGUUAGUAGUGAAGAAGAACCGGAGGCAAAGCAACCAUAUCAAAAACCUGAAAAGGUACCAAAACCAGAAGAAAGUCCGGAAGAAGUCAAACUUAAAAUUGGUAAGGGCAAGAAGAAGCCUAAGGAGGAAGAAUCUCCUGAAAAUGUUACGCUCAAAAAGAUACCACAAAAGCCCACGGAAUAUGAAGAAGAAAUUGAAAAGAAACCAAAAGAAAAGGAUGUGAUUGUAGCUGAAGAGCAACCAAAGCAGCCCAGGGAGCAGGAUAUACAAGUGGAACCAUUCGAGCCAAUUGAUUAUGAACGGCCUGAAUAUGUCCCAGAAGAACUUGAGGAAGUGGAAAAACCAGAGAAGCCGGAAAAGCAAAAGAAACAAAGUAAAACAAAGUAUAAGCCUAAAGAAAAAUCAAAACCAGAACCGGAAACAAAUAUUACAGAAAUUGUUCCUGGAAAACCAAAAGAACAAGAAGAAGUGCCCGAUACUGGCAUAAAGUUCCGCAAGCCUGAGAGUGAGGCGCCAGAAGAGACUGAUUCUCAAAUUAAACUGAAGCCAGUGAAAAAGACUACUGAAGAAACACCAAUUGAAGAUGUUGUUAACAAGACAACGGUUGAGGAGUCGAAGCCGCAGGCAAAGGUAAUCAAACCUGAAGACGAAGUUAAAAAGUCUAAGAAAUCUAAACCGAAACCUGCACAACAAAAAGAGGAAGAGACUACUCAAGAGAAGCAGCCAGAAUUUGAGGUUUCAGUAAAGGAAGACGAAGCCGUUAUUGAAAAGACCGACGAUGUUGAGAUGCCCAAAGAGGUAAAGGUGAAACAAAAAAAACCGAAAAAAGAACCUGUAGCUGAAGUCGAAAUCGUGGAAGAACUGCCAGAGGCAACAGAAGUGCCUGAAGAAAUCCCUGUAGAGUACAAAAUUACGACAACUGUUUUAGAGCCGGAAGAAGCACCAAAAGAACAUCAAGUUAAAGUGGUUGACUUUGAUGAAAGAGAAGUUACCACUGAAGAGCUUGUUGAAGAAAAGGUUGUUACUAGAAAGAAGAAGCCGAAGCCAGAGCAGCCAGAAGAGUUUGAGGUCACAUUACAGGAGCCACAAACAAUACAACCUGAACCCGAAGAGGAAACAGUUGAAGUUGUGAUUCCUGUUCAACACCCCGAACAAGAAAGUGAUGAAUUUGAAGUCGAGUUGAAGAUAAUCGAACCACAACCAGAAGAGCAAAAUGUCGUUGUGAAGAAAAAGCCUAAAAAGAAGCCUGUGGAAAAAGUAGAGGAGGUGAAACAAGACGUGGUAAAAGAAGUGGAGACUCAACCGGAAGAGCAAAUAGAAGAAGAGAUCUUGCAGGUGGAAGAAGUAGAAAAGGUUGAAGAAUCACAGCCGAAAUCUUUCGAAUUCCAAGUGACUGAAACUGAUGCCCCUCUAAUAAAACCAGCAGAAGUAAUUGAAGAAAAACCAAAAGAAUCGGCAAAGAAACCAGCUCCUAAAUUGAUUGAGAAAUUCGACUCUUAUGAAAUUUCCGUCAAGGAAUCUCAGGUGGAGAAAGUAAUUGAGCAGGUGGAACAACCCGAGGAAGAUGCUCCUGAAGAAGUUCUAAUUACCACAAAAGCAAAAGAGCCGGAACCAGUAGAAGCAGAGUUUGUAAUAACGGAACCAAAACCAACAGAAGAGAGUCAUGUAGAAGCAGAAGUCAAGCCAAAGAAAAUAAAGAAGCCUAAGAAAACUGAAGAGGCCACUAGUCUUGAUAUUAAAGUUGUUGAAGAAGUGCCUGCUCCAGAAGAAAUAAUAGUUGAAGCUGAGCAACCUGAUAUUGUUGAAAAGGAAACUGUUCCCGCUGAAGAAACACCAAAAGAAUAUAAGAUUCGGGUAUCUGAUACAGAAAUUGAGCAACCAGAAGAACCAACUGCUGCAGAAUUUACAGUAAAGAAACCGAAACCUUCCCUUGUUGCUGCAGAAGAACCGGAAGCAGAGUUUGUUUUAAAAGAGAGCAAGCCUGUAGAAGAAGUAACCGAAGCAGCCGAAAUAAAAACAAAGAAACCUAAAAAGAAAGUUAAGGAAGUUGUGGCGGAAGAACUUAAGAUCCAAAUCAAUGAAGAGAUUCCUCAAGAAAUUCCCGUAGUGGAAGAAAUUGUGGAGGUUGUGACAGAAAAAGAGGAGGAUGUACCUUCUGUUGAAUAUAAAUCGUAUGAAAUUGGUGUGAAGGAAACAGUACCUGAAAAACCUGCCGAAGAAGAAGUAAUUGAGGAGCCAUUGGUAAAGGAACCAGUAAUCGAAGAGGAAGCACCUACUGUUGAAUACAAGUCCUAUCAGAUAGGUGUGAGAGAGACAGUAGCUGAGAAGCCUGUUGAGGAAAUUCCAGCAGAAGACCAAUUGGUGGAGGAGCCUACAGUCGAAGAGCCACAGCCAGAAGCCUUUGAAGAACUUAAAGUCAGAGUUAUCGAAGAGACACCCCGUGAAGUUGUAGAAGAAGUUCUCGAAGAGAGCAUUAAGGUGCACCGCAAGAAGAAGCCGAAGCCAGAAAUUACUGAAGAGCCAGAGGCUGAAAUAAGCAUUCCCGCUUCAAAACCUGUUGAUGAAGUGGAAGCGGUCCAAAGCGUUACCAUUGUACCAGAGAUCUCGACUGAAGAGGAUGCUGCAGAGCUUAAGAUAACUAUUAUUGAUGAAAUAUCUCAGCCGCAAGAACUUAUUCAGGAGAUUGAAGAAAUCGAGACGCUUAAGGAAGCAGUCGCUGAGCCGGUACCGGUAGAAAAGCCAAAAGACUAUAAAUUCAGUAUAAAAGAGUCUGAGGCGCGAAAGGAAAGUAUCGAGGAAUUGCCUGAACAACAGGUUACCAUUCAGAAAAAGAAGAAAGUUCCGGACCAAAAAGAAACUGUAGAAGAUUUACCCGAAGAGCAGGUUACCAUUCAAAAGAAGAAGAAGAAGCCUGAACCUCAGGUUAUAGAAGAGCCCGAAGCCGUUUUCGAAAUCAAGCAAAAACAACCAGUGGAAGAAGUUACAGAAGAGGCUAAAAUAAAGAAGAAGCCGAAGAAACCGGUAAAGGAAGAAGAGGCAGCUGCAGAGCUUAAAGUUACUGUCAUCGAGGAAUCUACACCAGAACCAAUAAUUGAAAUCGUCGAAGAAAUUGAAGAGCAGGUGGAAGAGACCCCUGAAGUUGCGCCAGUUGAAAAACCCACUGAGUACAAAUUCAAGCUGGAAGAAAGCCAACCCGAAGCUCCAGAAAAAAUUGAGGAAGAGGAUGUUCAGGAGGUGAUCUUGCCUAAGAAAACUCCAACGGUCAUUGCACCGAUUGAAGAACCUGAAGCUGAAGUUGUCCUUAAACCCAAAUCUAAGCCUGAAGAAGUACAGGAGGAAGUCAAAAUAUCAAAAAAGAAACCCAAAAAGAAGGUUGUAGAGGAAGCUGCUGAAGAACUAACAGUUAAGGUAGAAGAAGAAGUAACUCCUGAGCCUAUAAUUGUGGAGGAAGAAGUAGAAGUAGUUGAAGUUAAGAAACCAGAAGAACCAACACCCGAAGAAAUAGUCGAUGCUGCCGUUUUCAAACUGAAGAAGCCAGAUGCACCUGAGGAAGAGGAUGUGGUCGCUGAAGUUAUUUUGAAACCAAAGGUACCCAAGGAGGUGCAAGAGGAAGAGUUCGCAGUCGAUUUCAAACUGCCAAAAGAAAAUAAGGUUUCUGAAGAAACAUCGGAUGAAACUGUGCAGCUCAAGAAGAAGAAGAAGCAACAUAAACCAGUGGAAGAAGCUGCGGAUGAGCUACAACUUCAGCAAACUGUUAUCGAAGAGAGACCAAUAGAGAUUGAAGAAGAAGAAAUCAUUGAGGAAGCCGUUGUAGUAAGAAGGAAACCAAAGAAACCAUUCCAACCAACGGUAGAAGACCAUGAAGAAACUGAAUUCAGUCUCUCAUUUAAAAAGCCUCACACUGUAACUGAAGGUGUUGAAGAAGCAGCUACAGUUCUUAAGAAACGUCCAGUAAAACCCAAGACCCUAGACGAAGCUGCAGCAGAACUGUCCAUUAAGCGCCUGGAAGAAGAAUACGAAGAAGGGGAUGACGUUGAAGAAUUUUUGGUUAGCCAACGGCCCAAGCCAAAGCCACUGCAAGUUACCGAUGAAGAAGACCAAGAGUACACUAUCAAAAAGCUCAAACGUCGCAAGAAGGUGGACAUUCCUGAAUUCUCUGAUGUUGAAAAUGUUACUUUCCGACCAAAGACUACCAAGACUAAAGAAGACGUGGACCAAGAGUUCAAUAUUGCCCUAGACUCCUAUGCUGAGGAGGAAGUGUCCAUGUCCGGAAAGGUGAAACUUAAGAAACCAAUAAAGUUGACCUACUCGGAAGCCACUGAUGAGGCAAGGAUUAAGAUUUUACAAGAUUAUGAUGACGGUGAAGGUCCAAUAAUUGAAGAAAUACAUGACGAUGAAGAUACUAUUGAUGAAGUUGAGGAGCCUGAAGAGUACUUGGUUGAGGAGCUUCCUCCAGACGAGGUUGACUUUAAGCUAAAACCGAAAAAGCAGCCCAAGCCACACUAUUCAGUCCAAGACGAAGAAGAGGAACAAUUUCUGAUUGGUCUUCGACAUGCCAAACGUGAUUCAGUGACGUACGAUGAAGAUUCUCUAACAUUCAAAAAGAAGCGUAAAAUCGUGCAACAACUCUUCAAUGAAGAUGGCGCUUCUCUUAACAUUACUAGGGAAAUGGAUGUGGAAGAAUCUCAAUUCGAGAACAUCAUGUAUUCUAUUUGCAAUUACAUUGCUGAUAACGAUGAGGCAAUCAAUUUAGUGGAGGGUGAAAAAGUACAGGUUAUUGGACGCCAUAGCUCUGAAUGGUGGUAUGUCAAGAAGAGCAUUACGGAAGAGGAAGGUUGGGUGCCUGCCCAAUAUCUUAUGGAGCCCGCGGAAUAUGCCCAAUAUGUGCAGAAUAAGUUGCAUGAAAAGAUUGAUAAGCUACCCGUGUUUGAAAGACCUGGACCUCAAGACAAACCGAUAGCACCGCGAUUCAUUGAAAAGUUACAGCCAAUACACACUCCUGAUGGUUAUACAGUGCAGUUCGAAUGCAAGGUCGAAGGUAAUCCGAGACCACAGAUCGCUUGGUUCCGCGAAACAGCCAUCAUAAAACCCUCACAGGACUUCCAAAUGUUCUACGAUGAUGACAAUGUAGCCACAUUGAUAAUUCGUGAAGUCUUCCCAGAAGACGCUGGCAAAUUCACUUGCGUGGCCAAGAAUGCCGCUGGUUUCACUUCUAGUACAACCGAAUUGAUUGUCGAGAGUCCGUUAUCGGAUCAUGGCUCAGAUGCCACGGCACUUUCGCGCAGGAGCAUGUCCCGUGAAUCUUCCUUGGCUGAUAUACUUGAGGGUAUACCGCCAACAUUUUCGCGUAAGCCAAAGGCCCAAUAUGUUGAUGAAGGUACCAAUGUAAUCUUGGAAUGCCGUCUUGUUGCGGUGCCCGAGCCUGAGAUCGUUUGGACCUUCAAUGGUGAAGACAUUGAUGAGGAAGAGAUUAAAAAUAUUCGGAUUGUUACCGAAUCGGAUAUGCACAUGUAUUGCAGCGUUGUGCAUAUUACGAAAGUUAAAAAAUCUCAAGAGGGUACAUACGAAGUUAUAGCCACAAAUCGCGAGGGCGAAGCUCGUUUGCCCAUCACAUUGAAGGUACGAACCUCGGACAAAGAAGCUCCUCAAAUUUUGGAACCUUUACGUAAUAUGGUGAUACGUGAGGGUGAAAGCGUUGUGCUUUCGACACAAAUUGUUGGUAAUCCUGUGCCAAAGGUAACCUGGUACAAGGAUGGCAAGCCCAUUAAGAACGCCAAAUCAGAAAAAGACUUACAUACUCUAACACUGAUUACACCAAAGAAGUCGGAGAAGGGUGAAUAUACAGUCAAGGCUGUUAAUCCAUUGGGCACUGUGGAAACCACUGCUUAUCUUACAAUUGAAGAACCCACCAGUGGUAAUGCAGAGCCUCCAUUAUUUGUGGAGCGUUUCGAGGAGCAAUCGGUGCCGCAAAAGAGCGAGAUUCGCUUACCUGCCAAGGUUUCGGGCAAUCCAGUUCCUGAGGUACAAUGGCUGUUCAACAAUAACCCAUUGUAUGCCAGCGAGCGAGUACAACAGAUUUAUGAUGGCGAAAAUAUUGAGCUCAUUAUACAGAAUGCCAAUCCAGAAACUGAUUCGGGUGACUACAAGUGUAUUGCCAGCAAUCCCAUAGGCAAAACAUCACACGGUGCACGUGUGAUUGUUGAGGUCGAUGAGGUGACCUUUACCAAGAAGCUGAAAAAGACCAUUACUAUUGAGGAGGUGCAGUCCCUGACAUUGGAAUGUGAAACCUCUCAUGUGGUCUCAACCAAAUGGUUCUUCAAUGGCAAGGAGCUGAGCGGCAUGGACCAUCGCGUUGUCGUUGAGGAUGGCAAGACGCACAAGCUGGUCAUUAGGAACACAAAUCUACGUGACUCCGGUACAUACGUAUGCAAGGUAAAGAAGCAAGAGACGCAAUCAACUGUGGAGGUGCUGCAGCGUAAGCCAGACUUCCUAAAAGUGCUAGAAGACUAUGAGGUAACCGAAAAGGACACAGCCAUUCUGGAUGUCGAGCUGACAACAGAAGCUGUAGAAGUCACCUGGUACAAGGAUGGCGAAAAAAUCACACCAGAACACAAAAACUGUGAGUUCAUCAAGGAUGGCAAAUCGAGGCGCUUAGUUAUACGCGAUACAACAAUUCAUGAUGAGGGCGAGUACACGUGCAAGCUGGAAGGCCAGGAGUGCAGCGCAGAACUUACUGUCAUUGAACUGCCACCAGAGAUCAUAAAACCCUUGAAGGACGUCAACGUCACAAAGGGUGAAAAUGCCACGUUCAACAUUGAGCUGAGCAAGGGCGAUGCACUGGUAAAAUGGUUCAAGGAAGGCAAAGAAAUCAAGUUCACUGAGCGCAUACAGCUAGCGAUUGAUGGUAAAAAGCAAUCACUGCGUAUUUUGAAGGCCAAGCCUGAAGAUGUAGGCGAGUAUUCCAUUCAGGUUGGAGAGCAAACAUCCAAGGCGAAGCUGACAGUUGAGGAGCCAUUAGUAGACUUUGUGCUUCGGUUGCCCGACGUCACGCUGGCUACCAAGACCACAGAUGCUGAAUUCACAGUCGAGCUCUCUCAGCCCGAUGUGGAGGUUACCUGGUACAAGAAGGGCAAGCCCAUCAAGCCGAAUACGAAGCAUGAGGUCUUCGUUGAGGGCACUGUUAGGCGUCUGGUCAUUCAUGAUGCUAGCGACGAUGAUGCGGGUGAAAUCAGUUGCGUUGCCGAAAACGUCACCAGCAGCAGUAAGCUUUGCGUUGAGGAGCUUAAACUGCCGCCCGUGAUUACCUCUGACAAGGAUCAAACCAUCAAAGUGAAGGAGAACGAAGACGCUACCUUCACUGUCAAAUACACAGGCACGCCCACACCCGAAGCUGAGUGGACGACGCGCAAGAUUGUCAUUCCCAAGUCAAAGCGUACUAUUCCUACUAUAGAUGAACAAUCCGCAACUCUUACCAUCAAGAAGGUUGUCGACGAUGACGAGGGCGAGUACACGGUUAAGCUUGUAAAUCCUGUGGGUGAGGCAGAAGCCAGCCUACAUUUGGUCAUUAUGCGCAAACCCACGGCGCCAGGCACACCACAGCCUUUGGAGGUGAUGCACGAUUCGAUUACACUUUAUUGGAAGGCCCCGGAGGAUGAUGGCAAAUCUGAAAUUAUUGAAUACAUUCUGGAGUAUCAGGAUGUAAAGCAGGAAAAAUGGACUGAGAUACGCAAGAUUAAAGAUACAACUUAUACCAUCAGCAAGCUGAAGAUCGAUACAGAAUACGUAUUCCGUGCGAUUGCAGUCAACGAAGUUGGCCCAUCACCGCCCUCACCCAUCUCGUCGCCCAUACGCCUGAUGCCUAAGGUUGAAACCGAAGCACCCAGCGUACGUGAGCCUUUGCAGGAUAUUGUCAGUGAUCUGAAUAAGGAGGUGACAUUGUCCUGUGUGUUUGGCGGCAUUCCAGAGCCAAGUGUCACAUGGAAAAAGAAUGGCCAAGUCUUCGAGUCGAGUAGUUUGCGCUACGAGAAUCGUGUUGCCAAAUAUACCAUUGAAAAGACAACUAUUGAGACUGAAGCCACAUACACAUGCGUGGCUACGAAUGAAAAGGGCUCCGUGGAGACAUCGUGUAGACUAAAACUGCAGCAGAAGCCAGUCGUAGAAAUUGAGGAGAAGUACUUGUCCCAAAAACUGCGCACUGGCAGCACUCUCACCAUUCCAGCAACAGUUCGUGGCUAUCCAAAGCCAACUGUGACCUGGCACAAGGAGACUGUCGAACAGAAAUCAACCACCAAGGAAAUCACCAUUGAGACCACAGAGACAAGCUCCACAUACACCCUUAAGAAGGUAACACGCGAACACUCUGGACGCUACAAGGUGACGGCAACAAAUGAAUCGGGAACUAGCUAUGCAGAGUGCACGGUUCAAGUGAUUGACAAGCCAAGCAGGCCACAGUCCCUGGAGAUUAAAGACAUUAAAAAGGAUUCUAUUACCUUGGAAUGGACGCCACCUAUCGACGAUGGCGGCAUGGACAUUAAGCAGUAUACGCUAGAGAAAUGCGAUGUACAGAACAAUGUCUGGAUGAAGGUUUCAGAUUUCGACAAGGACAUCAACUCGUACGCCAUUCAAAAACUUUCCAUGAAUGCGCAGUACAUGUUCCGAGUGGUGGCUAUUAACCCCAUAGGUGAAUCGGAGCCAACGGAGAGUGAGACUGUGACCAUAACAAAGAGGUUUGAAAAACCAACUCCACCACGUGAUCCUACCUCGGUGUCUGGCAUGAAUGAUACUUCAUUUACAUUAUCCUGGGAGCCAUCGGAGAGUGAUGGUGGUUCCAAGAUAAUUGAAUACAUUGUGGAAAUAAGGGAAGAGACUGAAACCGUUUAUCGCUCUGUGGGCACUACAGCGGGCACGGUAACAAACAUUCAAGUUGAAAAAGUUGUGAAGAACAAGGGCUAUCUGUUCCGGAUCUACGCUCGAAAUGAGGUUGGCACCAGCGACGCGUUCGAGACAACAGAAAAGAUUGUUGUUGGUCGCAAGAUAACGCCGCCAUCGCCACCUCAAAACCUGAGAGCACCAGAUGUAACAAGUCGCAGCGUAACUCUCGAUUGGGAGGUGCCAGCCAGAAACGGUGGUUCAGAAAUUACAGGCUAUUGCGUGGAGAAACGUUCCUCAACAUCAACAAGCUGGUCUAAGGUUAUAACUUUGGAUGCACAUCAACUGCACUACACCAUAGACAAUUUGAAAGAUAAGUGCGAGUAUUGGUUCCGUGUGUCAGCGGAGAAUGAGGUUGGAUUAGGUGCACCAGCCGUCACAGAAAGCAUAUCGCUAAAGACACAUGCAACCGUACCAUCGCCGCCAACUGCUCCACUGGAGGCGCGAGUUAUUGCUGCCAAUGCCCACGUAUUCGAAUGGGGUAUACCCGAGUCAGAUGGAGGUGCGCCACUGCUCGGCUAUCACAUAGCCAUACGUGACAUGAAGAAGUCCAUGUGGAUUGAGGUUGGUCGGGUGCCAGCGGGUGUGCAGAAAUUCCAAAUAAGAGACUUGCAAGAGAAUCACGAGUAUAUGAUACGUAUAUUCGCUAAGAACGAGAUUGGUCUGAGUGAACCUCUCGAGUCAGAGGAGCCAUACAAAGUCAUGACUGCCGGUCAUGCCAGCCUGCCCGACGAGCCACGCACGGAGAUGAGCACAUGCAACACAUCAUCGUGGCUGCGGGAUCAUAAUAUGGAUGCGGAUAUACACUCGUAUGCCCGCGGCCGGCUGCUUCAACGCGAUGAGUACUUCUUCCGCCUCUGGGCUCAAAUGCCCAAGAAGAAGAAGAGCUCAAAGUAGACAAAAACAAAAACCACAAAUAAUAACAAAAACUCAAGCAAAUAGCCAUGACAAAACGAAUGAAAUUUAGGUUAGGUUAAGCAUAUUUCAAUUGUAUUUUAAUGAAUUCUUGAUUUUUAUUAGCUUUUUAUUACUUUUAAUGUAUCCAUGUAAAGAGAAUGUAAUGUUCGGAUUUGCGUCCAGCGACAACGAUGUCCACGAAACUCAAUCAGAAAAGGGCGAGCGAAGACAAACUUAAUGUUUUGAGUGCGUGGACGUGGCUGUUAGAUUGUGACGGCACUGGCCCAUUACAUAAUCUAUGAAAGAAAUUUAUAUUUUUAAUUUGCAUAAAUUCGUAUAAUUUCCUUCGCUUUAUUUUUGUAAGCUGUGAUAAAUUUAUCAAAUUCGAAAGCGUCAAACGAUAAAAUGCCAUGACAUUUGUGCCACGACACAUCGCGCAUCGGGCAACGGGCAGCCAACGCGCCAACACCCAACAACCAGCAGUAUCGACAACAACAACAACAACAAUAACAACCACAACAACCAACAAGAACACACAAGAACAACAAGAACCGUUACAACACAACACAAGUGACUCAAUAUCCUCUAGGGAGACAAACAACAAAUGGUGCAAUUCGAUAUGAGUUACGAGUAUGUUGUGUAUGUGUGUGCAUGUCUGUCUGUGGGUGUGUGUAUGUGUGUGAGUGUUGCGUUGCGCGUCGCGCUGACUGGCCCUUGCCUUUGCCGUGUGCUCGCUGUGAGCAAAUUUAUGGCAUCCAGAGGGUUACAUAACUAUACUUAUAUUGAGGAAGAGCCCAACAUGACUUUAAAGAAACAAAACUAAAUGAAAAACAAAGAAAAUAAAAUAAAUAUGAAUAA